GCUGUCUGUGAGAGGCUGCAGGGAUGCUGAGAGUGGAGGCACUGGCCCCUGUUAAGGAGAGGAAGUGUGGCUGACGUGUGCUUCCUGAUGAUUGAAUACAAAGAUGGGUGGGGAUUGCACACUCAGGGGCUGCUUCUUCACAGAGCUUGGAUCCAGAGAUACAGUCUCCACUGCCUGCUACAGCCAAGGUAACAAUGGGCAGCUUGAUUUCCUCAAUGUAUCAUCACUAGGGGACCAUAAACAUUCACUCUUUAUUUACCCUCAGCCAGCUGGCAAUCAAUGGGUUAAUUAGACAUCCUAAUUCAAAGCCCAGUGCAGUCUUCAUUUCUAUUUAUAAAGCUACAGACAUUUUGUUUUUCUGUUUUUUUUUUUUUAAUAUAAUUUUGUAAAUAAUGUCAGAUUUCCCAUUACAGAAUGUUUGGAGAAUGUUGUUUAAUGUUUACAAAUCCCAUUGUUUUAUUUAACACCUGGUUGGGAAGCUGAUUUGUUACAAUGUAAUCCAGCUGUGAUAGCAGAGUGUUUAGCAUUAAGCUGUGUGUCAUUGAAAGGUGCAUUCAUUUUGGGUUUAAAGAGAGUCAUUGCUUGUUCCAGUAUCACUGAGUCUGGUUAUAACAGUAGAUAGAAUUCUAUUUGUGUGAACCUGUUUACAGAAUUUGGGGGAGACCUGUCAAUAAGGUGUGGUAUAUUCUGCUUGUUGAAUUGCUAUCAUUCAUUUAAUACAAUGCUUCCUCUGACCUGCAGACAUUUUGAUUUAAAAACUCUCUCUAUAAUCUAUUCAUUUUUGGUAUGAAUGAUCUUAUAGGUCUAUGCUUCCCAUAUAGGAGCCCUGUUAUUUACCUACUAUUUACAACAGACCUGUGAUAUGUUUGUAUCCAGUAUUAACCAUAAGCACCGAUCAUUUACCGGUUUAACCCUUCGAGUAACUCUUUGCACAUCUACCUGGCUGUUAGGGGGUUAAACCCUAGUUAGAGCAAGAAACACUAUGGAUGUUCAUAAUCAGUGGAUUAUUUUAGUCCAAUUGCCAUGGCAACUCCUGGUGUGAUUUUCACACAUUGUGAUGUGUGUGUGUGUGUAUAUAAUAAUUAAAUUAGUGAACACUUAUUAUAUUGCACAGCAUUUACUUGCUCCUUGCAUUUUACUGAAUUACGUAGGCAGGCCUGGGGAUGAAUCAUUUUAAGAACUGUUCGAAAAGGACUGGAAUAGAAAUAACUAUUUUUCUGUGCCUUACUGGUUUGGGGGACAGAUUUAAAAUGGUAAAAAUACAUCCCAGCACUUCCUUUUAAAAGUAGUGUCCCUUUUAUUUGGGGCCCAAAUUGUAUAACAGCCAUGUUUCAACCACUGCAAUGGCCUUUAUUAAGAGAAACCUUGCUCUGUACACUGAGGGCCCCUGAAUUUAGUUAAUGUUUCUACUUUCCUGAAUAUAUACUGGUUAAGGCGGAACCGGAUUCCUUGGACCCUUGUGUGUUUUGUAGGGGCUGUUCUUAUUUUGGAGAUUUAAAUUGGUGUCUGAGCUUUGUAACUUUUGACCCUCCCCAUCUGUCACUUGUACAGAUAUCCUAUGGAUAUGUGAAUUUAAUUUGCAUAAAUUAGCAUUUUUAAAUGUUGCGAACCCAAGAAGCUGCUUUAAUUAGCUGGGUGUAAAUGUUCUAGAUGUAUAAAGCAGGCUAGCUGUAGAUACUAUGUAAGUGUUUGUAGAUUCUGGCUGGAUAGGCCAUCGUUCUGUCUUGAUUGGACUCAUUCAUAGCUCUGUGGUCUGUGCUGGGAGUGUGUGACCAGAUGACAAACCGUGUAGGCCAUGCCGCCCCUUUAAUUGGAUAUUCUAAUUAUACCAUGCACCGUGUCAUACUUGGUAACAUUAUAGACCGCUGUCCUAGUCAUAUUAACCAUUCAGGCUGAAAUAUUGUUUGUCAUUUCUCUUUACUUUAUCCAUUGAUUUCACUUUUUAUUCUGUUUUCUGGCUGGGCCACUUGACUGUUGUAAUGGCUUUCUAUGCAACAUUAUUUGAAAUAUUGGCCAGCUUAUGACGAAUAUAUAAUUUGCGAAUAAAACAAAUAUAAUCCACUUAGGUGCCAUCUGGCCAUGUUCUGGGAUGAGCUCUUUAUUGUCACAGCUGGGCCCUCUGUGUCAAACUGCGUUAGCUGAUGGUGAUGGGUGAAUGCUGUGUGAGAACAUUAUAGAGACUGGUCCAUGUCUCCGCCUCGGUUAUGGAGACUGCUUACACUGGGUCUGUUAAUGGACAGGACAAUGUGAGAUAUACAUACUCUGACAUGAAUUGCUAAAAUUCCAGUUUAUGGGUAAUUCUGGGACAAAAUUGUUUUGAAAACUCUCUCAACUAUGUUUUCAGAUGGAAUGUUGCGGCAUAUAUUUUUAAAAAAAAUAUAUGAAUUUGACUUCUUAACAAAUCACACUUAAGUGAAGGACCCUGGUUAAUUUGCCAUGUUAAAGGCGUUCUAUAGUGUAAGGAAUACAAAGUUUUAUUCAUUGCACAAUAGAGCCCUCUGCCCCCGAUAUUCUCCCCCUUUUUCACGCCUUCUACCCCUGGUGAUGUCCAUUUGCGCUGGUUCGGAUCUCUGCUUCAUCCAAUAUAAUUGGACGGGUGGGGGAGGCCUUCUCGUAGGGAAGCAUAGGCAGUGCUUUCCUAUGGAGAUUUCACAAACGCUGGAUGUCCUCAUGCAGAGUGUGAGGACUUCCAGCGUCAUUUAGGUGACCCCGAAUCCGGUAAACUCCCGGAACUGCCUCUAGUGGCUGUCUGGUAGAGGCAGUCUUAUUGCUGCUAUUUAAACAUUGCAAUUUCUCUAAAACAUGAUUCCGAUUGCACAAGUAAAAGAAUCCGGGACACUGAACCCAGACAAUUUCAGUCACAUGAAAUGGUCUGGGUGCCUAUAGUGUCCCUUUUUAAGAUUAAAAUCUGUCCUAGAAUGACCCAUGAUUUAUCAGUGAAGGUCUGCCUCUGAUAUGAGCGGUUUACAGAAUGUUUGAUAGUUCAAACCUCGGUAAUACAGUGAUAGAAUCUUCAUUCUAGAGACCACACAACGCUAGCAGGACUGUGACCUGAUUAAGGCUGCAUCUGAUGGCGACCUGUCUCCUCGUUUGGGUUCUGUUACCAUCUGGGGUGGAUGAACAUUGUAUAAACCAUAAUUUCCAAUAGGUGGGAACACAUUGCGUAGCACCAAGGGACCACUGCUAAAAAGGCUGCAGAAGUAAUAUGGUAAGCCUGGUGGGUAGGGUAAUGAGGGUGAACCAAUGAUGCAAAUCUUGUCAUUGGCUGCGUUACUCAAAGGGGGUGGGACUAUCGGAAGAACUGGCAGGUCAGCGUAAAUGCACCCCAGCUUGCCUGCCAAUCACAAAACCCCGCCCACUGAGCGCAGUCAAUGCAGAGAGUGCUGUUUCAUCCCUAAUGCCCAUUGUAGCACGUCUAAUGAUGCUUUUGCUUUUUGGGGACCGUUCUUUGGUGUCCCCAAAAGCAUGACAUUAGAAAAUCGCCCUGGACGGAAAGACCGGGCCCUGAAAUCAGGACUGUCCCACAUAAAUUGGGAUGGUUGGAAGCCCUAUAUCCGAUCUCAAACAAAGGCUUACUGAUAUUGAAUGUCUUUCACAACGCCAGCCGCUAGAACUAUUUCUGGUAUUCGCCAGUGAUAUCUCUGGCUACAUCUGCUUUCUUAGUGUUUAUGCAAAACCCAGGGUUAUUAUAGAUUAGUAAAUGGAUCCCAGUUUUUUUUUUUUAUGAAACUUCCUUAUUAUUCAGUUACAGAAAUAAAUUGUAAACAUAUUAAUAAACUGCUGUGACUUUUUAAAAUGUCUACAUGUGCAAAAAAUAAAUCCGUAUUUCUUCAUUUAAAAUGUACCGUUUUUAUUCCGUCUAUAAGACGCCCCCAUGUAUAAAACAGCCCCUAUUGUUUGGGGCCCAAAAUUAAGAAAUUCAUUUUUUAAAUUUCAAAUAGAACAACUCUGAUAUUUUAGAGGUGACUUCUGAGGAGAACAAAACAUUUCUGAUUCUCAUGCCUCCCCUGUGCUACUGUACUCUGUAAAGUUAAUGGCUCUAUAGUGCAUGCUGGGUUACUGCAGCUCCCACAAUACAGUAGGUGGUGUGAGGGUGUGCUGGGAGACUGCAGCUACCAUAAUGCAGCAGGUGGUGUGAGGGCGUGCUGGGAGACUGCAGCUCCCACAAUACAGCAGGUGGCGUGAGGGCGUGCUGGGAGACUGCAGCUCCCACAAUACAGCAGGUGGCGUGAGGGCGUGCUGGGAGACUGCAGCUCCCACAAUACAGCAGGUGGCGUGAGGGCGUGCUGGGAGACUGCAGCUCCCACAAUACAGCAGGUGGCGUGAGGGCGUGCUGGGAGACUGCAGCUCCCACAAUACAGCAGGUGGCGUGAGGGCGUGCUGGGAGACUGCAGCUCCCACAAUACAGCAGGUGGCGUGAGGGCGUGCUGGGAGACUGCAGCUCCCACAAUGCAGCAGAAGGUGUGAGAGUGCAGGAGACACAGCUCCCACAAUGCAGCAGGUGGUGUGAGGGCGUGGGGAGUGCAGCUCCCACAAUGCAGCAGGUGGUGUGAGGGCGCGCUGGGAGACUGCAGCUCCCACAAUGCAGCAGGUGGUGUGAGGGCGCGCUGGGAGACUGCAGCUCCCACAAUGCAGCAGGUGGUGUGAGGGCGUGCUGGGAGACUGCAGCUCACACAAUGCAGCAGGUCAGGUGGUGUGAGGGCGCGCUGGGAGACUGCAGCUCCCACAAUGCAGCAGGUGGUGUGAGGGCGCGCUAGGAGACUGCAGCUCCCACAAUACAGCAGGCUGGGACAUCACAGUAGUAUUCCCUCUGCUCCCUAAUACCUAUUUCCUCUCCCAUAAAUAUAGAUCAGGAGGCAAGACCUACCUGAGGUGGAGCAAACCUUAAUAUGGCUGCUCCUUUAUGGAGUGGCGUGUCUCUGGAGCUCCGUUGGUGGUAAGUGCUGACGUCUUCCUCUAGCCAUAGCAUUCAGAAGCUGAUUGGCGGGAUGGAGACCAGGUAUGUGUGGUAUGUGUUCAGCUGGGGCACACUGAAAACGUGGCAGGCGCCAUUUUGGCUUAAGCCCCACAAGUUGUGUGUGUGGGUGUGGUUUUUAUUUUUAUUUUUUAUUCCUGCAGUUACAUUCUGUGUAUAAGACGACCCCAAUUUUCAACUUAAAACAUUUAGAAAAACAGUCUUCUACAUGGAACAGUAAUUUUUAUCCCUGCACAUGCUGGCAUACCAACCGCUUCUUAUUCCAAUUACUAUGAUCGAGGUUAUUAUAUGUUACUAGGUUUUGUUUGAAUCGCUAUUAGAAUUGUAGUCAAAUAACCGCACAUUAGAUGAAUGAUUUUACACCAAAAUAAAGUGGUCAAUAUGACUUCUGCUCAGUGAGUUUACAUGUUAGAGGGAGUGGGGUAUAGUGACACAGUAACAGAGGGAUUGAACACUGGGAUUGAGGGCCUGCUCAGUGAGUUUACAUGUUAGAGGGAGUGGGGUAUAGUGACACAGUAACAGAGGGAUUGAGGGCCCUGCUCAGUGAGUUUACAUGUUAGAGGGAGUGGGGUAUAGUGACACAGUAACAGAGGGAUUGAGGGCCUGCUCAGUGAGUUUACAUGUUAGAGGGAGUGGGGUAUAGUGACACAGUAACAGAGGGAUUGAGGGCCUGCUCAGUGAGUUUACAUGUUAGAGGGAGUGGGGUAUAGUGACACAGUAACAGAGGGAUUGAGGGCCUGCUCAGUGAGUUUACAUGUUAGAGGGAGUGGGGUAUAGUGACACAGUAACAGAGGGAUUGAGGGCCUGCUCAGUGAGUUUACAUGUUAGAGGGAGUGGGGUAUAGUGACACAGUAACAGAGGGAUUGAGUGCCCUGCUCAGUGAGUUUACAUGUUAGAGGGAGUGGGGUAUAGUGACAGUAACAGAGGGAUUGAGGGCCUGCUCAGUGAGUUUACAUGCUAGAGGGAGUGGGGUAAAGUGACACAAAAGUUAAGGAUAGUAUUAGACUAGUGACAGUUGCAAGAGAGGAAUCAGUCGGGAGCUAUUAACAGUUUAAUUGAUACGCUUUUUUGAAGAAGUGGGUUUUUAAUAAUUUUUUUGAAGGAGUGGGAAACUGGGUGAGCAGAGGAGGGAAGUGAGUUCCACAGGAACGGUCCAGCGCUCGCGAAGUCUUGAAGGCGAGCAUCAGAGGUGGGAGUACGGACAGAAGAUAGACGUAAGUCUUCAGCAGAUCGUAAGAGCCUAGACGGGACAUACUUGUGUAUUAGGGAGGCUAGAUAGUUGGGAGCAGCAUUAUGUAGAGAUUUGAACGCAAGAACCAGAAUUUUAAUUGAGUCCUAUAUCUUACAGGAAGUCAAUGUAGGGACUGACAGAAGAGUGAGGCGUGGGAGGUGCAGGCAGACAGGAAGAUGAGCCUCGCCACCUCAUUCAUUAUGGACUGUAAUGGCGCAAGUUGGGAGCACGUAAGAUCACUGAGAAGCAGAUAACAGUAGUCAGUGGAAUGGACCAGCACCUUCGUCGCAUCUGCUGUUGAGUAGGAUCGGAUGCGCGCUAUGUUUUGAUAAAGCAGUGAAUGUUUGAUCUUGGUGACAGUGUGCUCUUUGCUGCUAUUUAGAAUUGAUUUAUGGCUAUCAGUUCCCAAUACUAGUGCUGUUUGACACCGGCACAAUCAGGACAGAAUUUACAGGGUGAAGUUAUGGUGGUAGAUAAAGGUAUUUUAGCCCAGAACGUUACCAGUAAGACGUAGAUGGAACAAUGAGCUGCUGGCCAUGGAAGAAGUCCAGAUUCACCAUAUAAUUAUAAGGAGGUAAUGAUCCUGUGGACAGAAUUCAUUGGCUGUAAUGUUUAUCCAUGGGCACCGGAAUUCCCCAACCCCCCGUCCCCCCAUCCCAAAAUACAAACCAGGUCUAGGAAAGCAGAGGAGAGAAUAAUCAUAAACACAACAAUUUCAUACCAACUUCAACAUAAUUAUACAAGACAAAGUGAGUGUGUGUAUGUAGAUAUAUAAUUCUAUGCUGGGCAAUAACUGUUCAGGAUGGAGAAGGAUUCAUGCACUGCAUAGCGUGAUCGUGGGGACAAACCACUGGCCACGUAGAGAACUACACUAGAUCCAUUGUUGAAGGACCCUUCCUCUUACCUUUUCUAAUUGAACCAUUAGCCGCUAAGUUACUGUUUGACCUGAAUGCUAAGGGGCAUCAUUUAACGCAUUCAUAAGAAAAUCGCUGUGUCCAGGGGCAGGGUGGGGUGGCUCCGCGUGUGAGUGGGGGAGUGACCGGGGGGGGGGGGCUGUUAUGAGACAUUUUAGGUGAUUUACUAAUUACAAUUUAUGGAAGUAGAGCAAUGUAUCUUAUUUACACAGACUGAUUUCCAGACACGUUUAUUGUAGACCCAUUACUGGGAGUAGGGCCGGCGCUACCAUAAGGCGGCACAGGUGGCUGCCGUACAGUGCACUGACCCAGGGGGGCGCAGGGUUUGGGUGACUGGUAGGAGAGUGCAAUACUGCGUUUCCCUCCUGCCGGUUUCUGUAUGUAGCGUCGCCGAGCCGCGGGAGAGGAGCUUGUUCCACUCUCCCCAGUCUGACAGGAAUCAAUUACUGAGCGUGCAGAACUGCUUCCUGUCAGACUGGGAAGAAGGAAACUAGCUCUCCCGUGGUCUGCAAUACCUCUACGGGAUUCAUACUUGGUUUAGGGUGCAUAUUCGAGGUCACCCUUGCCCACGUUCUGAGCUCUUUCAUGUAGGAUCCAUCUUGCCUGUUUAUCACAUUUUGGGUCCUGUAUAAAAAACCAUUCUCCUGCAGAGUUUUUUAUAUUGUUUAUAUUAUUGCAUUAAAUCAGUCUCUUGCUUAGACAUUAAAUGCCACCACUCCCUUACCAAGUGCAAGCGCGAUCCCUUAUGUAUAUUAAUGUUCUCCCAUGAAAGGUUUAUGUGGCAUUUAUGACAAACAUCCUAGUUUGGAGCCUUUCCUCUGACCGUAUUAAUUCUCCUGCAGGCUCUGUAUCUGAACCCAUUGUUUGAAAACUUCCUCCCAUUUUAAACUCCCAUGGGUGGGAUUCCCGCGCUCUGUGUGGCUCAUAGAAUCUGGAGCUCUAAUGUGGAGCUUCCUGUGGAGCCUUUAAAUGUGGCUCCUCGACUGAAGUUCACGCUUUACUUCUUAACCCUUUGAUAAUGUAAAUAUACCCACUGUAAGAUAUAAUUGUGCAAAUUAAAGGUCUCAAAUUUGCUUCUCCUCUCACAGGAGAUAUGAGUCACCCGUAAAUUUGUUAUGGUGUAUCGUUGCGUGGAUACAGACAUUCUGAGUGAAGAGAAUUUCCCUUUUAAUUCAUGUAUUUAUUUCUCAUUUUACAAAAAAUGCAGAUUUUAAUAAAAACUAUAAAUUAACAUUGUUACACCACCCUCCCCCACAGCUGUUAAUCAGACACCUGGUCCUGUUACUUCCUGGUAUGGUUUGAUCAGUGGAAAUAAACUAGCUGCAGUGGACAGUCAAUGAGAUUGGGUGGGGAUAGAAGGGAAGGGCUUGUAAAGUCUGCAGACAAGAGAUCUACAGCGUCUGCAAGCUGAUAUACACCCAAAGGGGAAAAAAUGCAUAAUUAAAUGCAUAGUGAAAAAAGUGAUAAAUGCUCUCUAUCCAAUAAAGCAGCUAUUCACCAAGGAGUUCCUUUUACCUUGUGAACAAUAGAACAAAACAAGCUACUAAAUUAGGUGGACAGCGCUAAGAAUUAUUAUAAUAAAAUCAUACAUACAAAAGGUAGCAGCAGAUUUCGCAAUUAUGUUUCUUACUCUAAAAAACUAUCUACAAUGAUAGUGCAGUAUGUUAUGAAUAAUAUGGUGAUAAAGAUAUAUUCCAAAGGGGCACUCACGUUUUCCAGAGCUUAAAAAAACUCUCUUUUAGGAGCCUGGAUGGAACAAUCCCCGUCUAAGGAUUUCUUUCUGCUGGUAUCAGAUUCCCAAGGUAGUGCGGUUCAUCAUAUGAAAAAAAUAAGGAUGUAUACCAAUGGUACAGUACGUAUGUAAAAGUAGGAUAAGUAAAUAAUAUUAGACCUACUUACAUUUGCUAGAGCAAUGACCUGCUCUAGUGUAUGGAGCUAUAGGUGGAACAAUCCCCACCUAGGGAUAUAUGUAGAUCCGGACUAGCAGAGUGAUGGUGAGAGUAUAAGGAGCUCAAGAGUGACUCGGUAUUAAAACAGAAUCUUUAUUAACAAACAGAAUUAAUAAAACUAUUUUCACUUUUGAGAAAGCUGUAAGCGAAACAUGGCAAGUGGCGAUUAAGGAUUGCCUACAAGGACUGGUUUUAUUUAUAGUUCUUUUUACUAUAUAGUUCUCACCAUCACUCUGCUGUUCCGGAUCUACAUAUAUCCCUAGGUGGGGAUUGUUCCCCCUAAAGCUCCGUACACUAGAGCAGGUCAUUGCUCUAGCAAAUGUAAGUAGGUCUAAUAUUAUUUACUUAUCCUACUUUUACAUAUGUAUUGUACCAUUGGUAUACAUCCUUAUUUUUUUUCAUAUGAUGAACCACACUACCUUUGGGAAUCUGAUACCAGCAGAAAGAAAUCCUUAGACGGGGAUUGUUCCAUCCAGGCUCCUAAAAUAGAGCUUUUUUUAGCUCUGGAAAACGUGAGUGCCCCUUUGGAAUAUAUCUUUAUCACCAUAUUAUUCAUAACAUACUGCACUAUCAUUGUACUUUUAUUUCUUUUUUUUAAGAGUAAGACACAUAAUUGCGAAAUCUGCUGCUACCUGGUAUGUAUGAUUUUAUUAUAAUAAUUCUUAGCGCUGUCCACCUAAUUUACUAGCUUAUAAUUAAAUGCAUUCAUGCUUUUUUGGGAAUAUAUCGACUAAACGGUAAGUAUUUUUUAUUUGGGCAGUGGAGUGUCCCUUUAACUACUAGUGUCAAUUCAUAUUUAAAUUUCUGAUAUAUUUUGCAUAGAUAUCAAUUAAAGAUAAUAUGCAAAAUGGCAUCACAAUAGCAAAUUCAAUAUCUAUCAGUUAGUUAUGUUUGUGUGAAUAUUUAUUUUUUGUUGUAGUUUCUGUUUGGUAUCUGUAAUUUUACUUGCUGGGGGCUUAAAUGAAACAAUUUGUGUCUUAUAUUUUUUAUGCUGGAUUAUUGCAUAAUCCGUUUUUAGAAGGAAUCUCUCUAAAGUUUCCGUGUCCAGGAAUAGUUUCUUGAUAUGAAGUCACGGAAAGACUCCUAUUCCCUCUCCUCAUUAGUCCUGGAAGUUUUUUGCCGGCAUAUUGAGACCUGUUCUCCGGAUAAAUGGUGUCUGGGGACCUAGUAAUCAUGUCUGGCUUUGCAGACGUGCUCACCUGAGAUUUAAUUGUCAGCUCUGUUCCCAGAGGACGUGUCUGAUGUGUGCACCGGGACAGCCAAAGGCCAGUAAACAACAUAAACUUUCCAAAUGGCGAUCACCAUGCAACAAUAUCUUUGACUUUGAGAAAACAAAUUGCGAGUGCGUGUGUAUACAUAAAUAUUACGCACACUGGGUUAUUCACUAAAAUGAGAUUUGUGGGAAAUUUAAACUGAACUUUACAUUUUAGUCCAAUAUCUAUGAUGGGUAAAUGUAUAUUUAAAAAAAAAUAAAAUAUGGCGACCGUUCUGAACGGUGCACCCCAGGAUAAAGCCCUGCAAUCCCCCCAAUAACUUGUGAUGAACACGCCAGGGCCAGCUCGCUGGCUGAGAGUGACGGAGUCCUUGACCUACUAGUUAUCUAAUAUUUUAAUUUCUAUGACCUCUGCCAUGAGGUUUUACCACCUUUCAUUUAGCCCACGGCCACCUCCACUUGCAACUCACGGUUAUCCGUCAACACUUGACUCACCUGUUCUUGUGUAUAUGCAGAUAAUUCAAAAUGUUUUUUUUUUUUUUUUUUUUUUUAAUAUACCUUUUUAAUAAAAGUUAUUUUCAAUAUUUGCAUUUUAUUCUGCAGCCCAUUUAGCUGUAUAGGUUUAUAUACUGUAAAGGCUUCAUGUUUACGAAUAGAUUUCUCAUACUGUAGAAGGGUUCCCCUCUUUCACCCUGCAAGAAACAAUAUUGUUACAUUAUUUAAAAGAACCAAUAUAUUUUUCAGCGCUGUACAUUGACCGGGACUAUUAAAAAUAAAAUACUAAUUGUAAACCAAGCCACCCAGGUUUGACCAGGAAACUGUAGGUCUAUGGAAGUAUUGCGUAUAUAGAAAAUUUUCAGGGUCAUCAAAUCGGGAGCAGAAUUAAAGACCUCCUUUCAAAAACCAACACUGUAGUCUUUAGUUCCCUUUAUGAAACUUUUACUCCCAAAUUCUUCAAUUUUUAAUAUUUUACAAAUGUUUCAAUAGGGUCCGAAAAACUUUCUAGAUUACUUCUCUACGGAGGUCACCAAUAAAGUCCAUGGGGAUUUUUGUAGAUAAAUCAGUUCUUUUAACAGAUUGUUCUCAUUGGAAAGCUUAUUAAAUCUAUGGAGAUGAUCCUCUUCGAGUUAGAAAUAAAACGUAAUCUGUACUUUGAUGUUUAUAAAUUAAACUCGGGAAUUGUGAGAACGUGACGUGUUUUUUAGAAGACAAAGAAUUGUUCCGGCUGUGCACAAUGCCAAUAGUGUUCAAUGUGCCCAAUAGCAGUACUGUAUGAGGGAUCAAUAAAUCGGGCUCUAGCUUGUUUCUCCAGUACUGCCUCUCCGCUUUUGUGGUUAUUGUGGCGUCCAUAACCAGGAUGAUUUCAGUGCUUUGCUGUAUGUAAAUGGCAAGAAGAGCUUCUCCGAACAAACCCGCUUGUUAAAAGGCUGCAGCUUUUCUAUAAAGCCCUAUUCUCUUCGCAUUCAUUUUAUGUAUAAUUAAUGCCAACCUCGGAGAAUAACAACAUUUGGUGUUCUAACGGUUUGUUCUUUAGCCAAUAUUCUAUUCACAUUUGUCAUUUUCUAGGAAACUAAAAAAAAUAAAAAAAAUAACUACGUAUUACCUCCAGCGCUCGGUAUUUGCAGUUUAAAUUAAUUUCUGUAGCAGAUUGACCAAGCUACUUUUUCAGUUUACCUCACUGAACGCUAGUGGCCUGCAUUCAAGCAGGAUGUAUGCCACGUUUUACUUUUUGUAACUUUGUCCAAUUCCUUCAGGCAUUAUUUCAAUCAUUUUAUUUAACAUUUUUUCCUAUGUCUUUUCUUGGCUUACUGUUUUUGUGUCCUUUUCAGUGACUUCUUGGCUUACGGAGAUAGUUGGCUAACUGGAAAGUUAAUUUUAAACCUUAUUUGCACAGACUGAUUAAACACGUUUUACUGAUUUAAAGGGACACUCCAUGCAUGGAGUGGAUUACAGCCAUCUGCCUGCCAUCCAAAUAAACUGUACAGCGAGCACGGAGCGUGUAGGAGCCGCCACUCUCUGACCUGCGCACGUUAACUGUGACUCGUUCAAUAGGCCACAAACUGCUCUGCCACGGCUGCUAUCAGAUUAUUCAAAGGUUACUUUACUGCAGGUUGGUUCACUAUAUUCCCACCCACCCCAGACAUGGGACUUGCUUUCACUUUUAAUGUAUGACCACUGACAAGAUUUAAUGUAUUUAUAGUUUUAUAAAAAGUCACAUUUUAAAGUGACCAUUCCUGAACUUCUCUCCCCACUUUGGGUAGGAUUUGUGCCUCUUCCUAAGGUUUUAUUCAUCACCGUGCUUAGAAUUACCGCUUCUGUUUGGAUGCUCAUUCACGGGUGAAGCGGUGUUGCAGGUAUUGUCUGUGCUGCAGAUUAUAUUAAUAUAAUCAUGCAUUGUACGUGUCAUGGAGCCUGCAGAAAUGCCCACCUUUUAUAAUGUGCUUCUAAAACAGAGAGAAGUACAUUUGCAAUAUUUUCACAAGUUUACCCCCUGCAGUAGUGGUUGGGAAGGGCCAUUUUUACUCUGGUGUGGAAUGUUUAACACACCUGUUUAGGUCCGUUUCUCUCCUGUUUCCACUCUCUAUUGUUCCUGAAUACCUGGCCAAUGCCCCCUGCCCAUAUUUUAUCACUUUCCUAGUAAAGAAUAGUGUAUGCCAACACCCAGCCCAACAAACUGUUCUUAUUCUUUGUAAUAUGUUGAUGUCCAAACCGCACAAAGUGAUGAGCCCUAACCUGUGUACUCCACACAUGUCUGUAUCCAUUGUACAGUGCUAAAGAAUCGGAUGGCACUAUAUAAAUAAUACAAUAAUAAUGUAUUCCACAAAUCUUAAGGUCACCUGAGCAUUGUGUGAAACAUAGUUAACAAACCUCUGUUGUGCCACGGAAAGACACGACUAUACCAAAUACAGAGCACAGGAUAUCUGCACAUUUUAUUAAAGGGAUGCUCUAUGCACCAAAACCUCUUUAGCUUAACUGUGACUGACACUGCCUGCUUUUUAUAAUUUUUUUUCAAACAGAUCUUACAGCACAGUGUUCGCUAAAUCGGCAAAGGUAACAGAAUUAUCUGUGUCUUGCUCUGUUGCACUUUAAACACACACAGGAGACCUCUGCAGAGUCUAACAGGCAAUUAGAGAAGGAGAUACAGUCUUAUUUAACCCCAUAAGGACACGACAUGUGUGACAUGUCAUGAUUCACUUUUAUUCCGGAAGUUUGGUCCUUAAGGGGUUAAACACACUAUGCAGUAAGGAAAGCUAAAAAAAAAGAAAUGUCACGGAGAACGCAUUAAAUUUGUAAACAGAGGUGUACACACACCACACACCACCACCACCACCCCCGGUUUACGGAAUUAAUGCAUUCUCCGGGACAUUUCUUAUUGCGAAACAUUUGUAAACCGAAACGCGGUUUCGUAUAGGAAUUGAAUAAAUCAGGAAGUGUGUAGGAAGGCUGUACGAGCCGGAGACAUUUUUGGCAUAAGUUGUUUUGGUUCUUAGUGUCCCAAUUACAUGUGGAUUGCUAUUUCCAUCCAGUUCAUUCAAAGACAGAGAUGAUGAUGAUAUCAAAAUCUUGACAUCUCUUAAUGUUUGGCACCCGCAGGAGUCUGCUGUCCCAGUUAGGUGAACGGAAACCCCAGUGCUGUGAUUUUGGGAGCAUGCGAUGUCUCAUUUAAUUAAAGGGUGGAUAUUCUGUAAUGACUUCAUUCCAGUGUUUCAGCAACAAAAAAAGCUUAAUAGUCCUAAUUUUGGUAAAUUAAGCUGCGCGUUCUGCUGAGACCAUUUCAAAGUGCAGCAUCGUAGCUGUUUUGUGUUGAUCGUUGUUGUGUACAAACAUGGGGGGGGGGUCAUUCUUUAACCCCUUAAGGACCAAACUCCUGGAAUAAAAGGGAAUCAUGACAUGUCACACAUGUCAUGUGUCCUUAAGGGGUUAAACUCUGCAGUGAUUUUCAAAACAAACUGAAUAAUUUCAGCAAAAGUUGCAGAUUGAUAGUCACGUUUUUGGCUAUUUUAUCGUAAAUUCUUCAACUAUAUUUUCCAUUUUACACUUUAAAUGGACCCAUAACAGUUGUAUAAAUAUUUUGUUUAUGUCUUUAUUUUGUGAUUGAGAAAUGUAGAGUUAGUGUAACACAUUCCUCCUCACCUUUCGGUAUUUGCCGGCCGCUACGGAUCCAUGCCAAAUUAUAACCCCACGUCGCCAGGGCCAGAUUAAGAGCACAGUGGGCCUGGUGCUGACAAUUAUGACUGGGCCUAAUUACAGAAUCAUAUCGACCAAAAACAGUAAAACACUCCCAAGCGUCAUGUAUCUGAUGGAGAUGGUGCUGGAGAGAAAGAAAACAGCAGCGAUAAGAAAAUACAUACCUUAUGCUAAUAUCUCUCUAAUUUAUGUUUUCAUCUUUCAAGUAAAUCCAUAACCCCUAACAGCAGUGUCCAGUCAGGCAGGAAGUCAAUGGGCAUGGUAAAAGGGUGUGCCACUGACACAAAUCACGUAACCUGCAAAAGGGCGAACAUGCCCAAAAAGAGGACAUGUCUGCCCAAAGAAUUAGAAGGCCAGCCAGGCAUGAAUGCAUGUCAGGCUGCCUGCCAAUCAUGCAGCUGGCCAACUAAGCGCAUACUAUGCAGACAGCACCCUGAGCUUGGCAUAAAUGCAUCCAAUGAUGCGCUCGCUCAACGCUUUCUAAGGACUGUCCCCUAGCACUCGCUGGUCCACUUGUCUCCUUACCUUCUUACUAGCAGGCAGAAGCUCCUGGUAUAUAGUCUGGGACAGAGAAAAUCUGUAUGUAGUGAGUGUAGAAGAAAGGGAACAUGCCACAGUGUUAGAGAGACCAAAGUCAGCAUUACCUUAAAGGAUCACUAUAGGGUCAGGAACACAAACAUGAAUUCAUGACCCUACAGUGUUAACACCACCAUCUAGCCCCCCUGGGCCACUCAUGCCUCCAUAAAUAUAACAAAAUCUUACUAUAUUCAAGCCUGAAGCUGUAACUCUGCAUGCUAUUAGACUCCUAAAAACAAGCAGUCUGCUGAUAUCAUUAGAAGUGGUGGCCUGAUCCAAUCACAGUGCUUCUCCAUAGGAUUGGCUGAGACUGACAAGGAGGCAGAUCAGAGUUAGAGCCAGCAUGAUUCAAACACAGCCCUGGCCAAUCAGCAUCUCCUUAUAGAGAUGAAUUGAAUCAAUGAAUCUCUAUGAGGAAAGUUCAGUGUCUGCAUGCAGAGGGAGGAGAUACUGAAUGUUUGGAUGCAUUUUAGGCAGCCAUGACCCAGGAAGGAUCUCUAACAGCCAUCUAAGGAGUGGCCAGUGAAGUUAUCAUUAGGCUGUAAUGUAAACAAUGCAUUUUCUCUGAAAAGACAGUGUUUACAGCAAGAAGCCUGACGGUAAUGAUUCUACUCACCAGAACAAAUUCAAUAAGCUGUAGUUGUUCUGGUGACUAUAGUGUCCCUUUAACUAUAUUCAUUGUCAGCCAGUCCACACACGUUUUGUUCCCAUACAUCCCUCUUAAGUUUCCAUACUUAAGUAAGAGUAUGUGAAAAGUAGUUAGGGUUGCCACCUUUCUUGGAAAAAACAAUUUGCAUAAUUAAAUAUGUAUGGGUGACAUCACAUGAUGUAAAUCACAAGGAGUGACAUAAGAGAAAUGCUGUAAAAUCACCAAAAAACUACUUAGUUUGAUUCUGCUGUAUAAAUGGAUUCCUCCCAGUGCCCCAUGUCUCCCAGUGUCCCCUAGUGUCAUGUCCCCAGGUCUCCCAGUGAUCCUAUGUAUCACAGUGUCUCAAUGCCCCAUGUAUCCCAGGGUCCCCAUGUCACUAGGACACUAGGAAGAGGGGGAGACCUAGGGACAUGGAGACACCAGUGACACUGGGAGACUAGGGGACUCUGGCUGGGACACAUGGGGACAAUGGGAAAAUAGGGGACACUUGAAGACAUGGGGACACAGACACCAGGGACACAGACACUAGAGACACUGGUUGAGGGACAUGGGGACAUUGAGACAUGGGGGCACUGGGAGACAUGGGGACACAGACACCAGGGCCACAGACACUAGCUUGGAGACAUGGGGACAUUGUGACACUUGAGGCACUGAGAGACAUGGAGACACUAGGAUACGUGGGGACAGUGAGACACUGGCAGACUGGGGGCACUGGGAGAUUAGGGGGCACUGAGACACCAGGGACACUGGCUGGGAGACAUGGGGACACUGUGUCCCCAUGUGUCUGUGUCAUAAUGUCUCCCAAUGUCCCUUAGUGUCUCAGUGUAUGUCUCCUUGCAGCCUUUCCCCCCAUCCCUUACGUCCCUGAGCUGUAGGCUGUCUCUGCAGGGUGGGAGUUGCUGUCUGGACUCUCUGUAGCUGCACCCCUGCAGAUCAGUGAGUAUAGAUAGGCAGGGAGGGAUAUGCUGGAACUUCCUAUCCCUGCCUGUCUCCACAUGCAGCGACCCCUACUGGCAUAGUAAUCUCCUGUUUAUACUGGGAAAAAUACCAGCAUUUGUAUUGCCAGUAUCACUGCAAUAUUGGCACCAGCCAGGCAGCCUCAAAUACUGGCUGUGCCAAUAAAAUAAAAUAAAAGCCAGGUGGAAUCCCUAAGAGUAGUGUGUGGGGGGGGGGGGAAUAUAUAUAUAUAUAUAUAUUUUUUUUUAACUCAAUGGGCCUAUUCCAUGGGCCUGGGCCUGGGCCUGGAGCUGCAGCUCCAUCAGCCCCUAUGUUAAUCCGGCCCUGCACGUCGCUGACGGCAUGCGCGCAAGCACGAUUUGGGGUCAAAGGCUGUUUUCGCCCAAUUAGAUCUGUAAUACACUUAUUUACGCAAAUGUACUUUUCCUCAUUGCCCUGUCGUGGUUUCCCUUAGUGCUUGUCUGAGAGUGUGUUCCUGAGCAUUUUAUUUCUGGUUAAUGACUUUGGCUUUGUUUUGACUAAUCUGUAUUCUGGUAUCCCUGACUUCUGGCUUUCCCUUAUCGUUGUGUCCCAUUCCAUGUCCCCGACCUUGGCAAGUAUUCUGACUAUUUUUUGGUACAUUAAGUCGGGCCAUUCUAAGGCCCGGGAAGACGUUCUCUUUUAGUCCUAGGUGUGAUACCGUUCUAUGUGCUGGAUCAACAAGUAAUCCUGACAAACAGCUGGUAUAAGUGACUGUCGUCCAAAAACCCUAAUUUAUAAUAUAUAUUGCCCUGAGCCAUGGUGAGGAGGAGACUUCCUGAUGUGUCCCAGAGAAGCAGAAGUGGGCAAUAUCAUUCAUACAUACAUACAUACAUACAUACAUACAUACAUACAAUUCCAUAGGUAUUGCUGGAUUUCUAGAACCCAAACAUUUUUGCAACUCUUCCUCAAAAUGCAUAAAGUAUCUGAGCAACGACUAUAGUGAAACUGGGAAGUGAUCUAAUUGUGUGUAAUUAUAUAUUUUUAUUUUGCAAUCCCCAGUCAUUUUUGUGUACAUCUGUACUGUACAAUAAUGUGCUAUAUAUGAGAAUAAAAAGAUGUGAAUAUCCGAUAAAAGACCUAACGCAACCAAUGCAUUGCGCUUAGUUAGAGCCUGUCACUAUUCUAUAUGACUUCUAGCCAACCAGAACUGGCUAUGUACUAAAGAUGGCGCAGUAUUCAGAAAUAUUUAGUUUUAUUGGUUUUCAUGGUGGCCUCCCCUUAUGUACAAUUUUAGAACCACUUCUUUUAUUUAUUUAUUUUAUUUUUUUAGUAUCCAAAGUCCACAAUAUUUCUGUUAAAUCCAUGGAAGUUUGUCUGACUUUUUUUUUUUUAUUUAUUUUUUUUAAAUUUGUGAAUUGUGUUGUCUGCGAUAACGUAGCACUGUUGCAAUGCAUUACGGCGAGGUUGCCAAGGCGCGAUGGGCUAAUGAUACUUUGUGGUCACUGUGGGUUCUAUGACAAACAGAUCAGUGAAGAGCACGGUUGCACGGUGCAUGGACAGUGAAUGUGAGGCUGUGUUUGUAAGCCACGGCACGCUUUCUGACGUAAUCUAGAAGAAGUGGAUUUGGUGGCUGCCUGAUCUUGCUGCUUCCUGCCGCUCUGUGCUGUAGGAGAUCGCAUUUUAUUUUACUUCACUAUAAACUCCAAGGAGGACAUCUGUGCCUUCUCGGUUUGUCAGCACUCUGUGCACAAUAGGAAUCGUUGCACUUGUGCUGCAGAUUCCACGACUUGGAAAACUGUCUCGAUAUUAUUUUUUUGCAUGAUCUGUGCUUUUUGUGACUGUCUAAAUCCAGCUCUAUGUGUAUUCCAAUGGCUUUGAAAGGAGAACAAAGAAAUAAAUUCUGUUUCUUGGAAGUGAAUCCAUGGAUAUUUGUUCCCACAUUCAUUUCCUCUGCCUCAAUCCAAAGAGUAAUUGGUGAGGCUUCUUCCCUUUAUUAAAAAUCGCAGAGAGUGGGGUUGGUGUGCAACACAAGAGGAGAGGAAACUUUUUUAAAAAUAACAACUAUUUCCUUUUCCCCCUUCCUUUUCCCCCCUUCCUUUUCCCCCCUUCCUUUUCCCCCCUUCCUUUCCCCCCCUUCCUUUUCCUUUUUUCCCUUUUCCCUUCCUCCUUUUCCUUUUUUCCCUUUUCCCUUCCUCCUUUUCCCUUCCUCCUUUUCCCUUCCUCCUUUUCCCUUCCUCCUUUUCCCUCCCUCCUUUUCCCUCCCCCCUUUUCCCUCCCCAGCACUUUCCCUCCUUUUCCCCUCCCCUUUUUCCCUCCCCACUUUCCCUCCCAGCACUUUCCCUCCCAGCACUUUCCCUCCCCAGCACUUUCCCUCCCAGCACUUUCCUCCUUUCCACUCCUUUUCCUCCCCAGCACUUUCCUCUGUACUUUCCUCCCCAGCCUUUCCUCGCCCAGCCUUUCCUCAUUGCUUUUCCUCGCCCUUUUCCCGCAAGCCCUUUUCCUGGCCCUUUUCCUAAGCCCUUUUCCAUCCUUUUUCGUACUUUCAUUCUUUUCCUUUUCCCUUCUUUCCUUUCCUUUCCCAGCUAACACUCCUUUCCUUCCCCAGCCCUAUUUUCCAUGCCUUCACCUUCUUUUUUAUUCCCAGCACUUUCUUCCCAGCCUAUUUCAGCACUUUCCCCUUUUCCUUUCCUGGCACUUUCCUCCUUUUCCCAGCACUUUCAGCUUUCCCCCCUUUUCCCUUCUUUUCUCUUCCCUUCUUUUCCAGCCUCCCCUUUCCCCUUCCUUUCCCCCCCUCUUUUCCUUUCCCCUCUUUCCUUUUCCCCUCUUUUCCCUUUCCCCCUCUUUUCCCUUUCCCCCUCUUUUCCCUUUCCCCUUUUCCCUUUCCCCUUCUUUUCCCUUUCCCCCUCUUUUCCCUUUCCCCCUCUUUUCCCUUUCCCCUUUUCCCUUCUUUCCCUUUUCCCCAUUUCCCCCUUUUUCUUUCCCCCUUUUCCCCUUUUCUCCUUUUCCCUUUCUUCUUUCAUUUUCCCCAUUUCCCCCUUUGUCUUUCCCCCUUCUUUUCCCCUUUUCUCCUUUUUCUUCUUUCAUUUUCCCCAUUUCCCCCUUUGUCUUUCCCCCUUCUUUUCCCUUUCCGCCUUCAUUUCGUUUCCCCCUUCUCCCCUUUUCCCUUUCCUCCUUUUCCUUUCCCCUUUUCCUUUCCCUUUUCCCUUUCCCCCUUUUCCCUUUCCCCCUUUUCCCCUUCCCCCUUCUUUUCCCCUUCCCCCUUCUUUUCCCAAUAGGACAGUGCUUGUGAUGCACAGCAAAAGUGAAAUUGUGUAACUAUACAUAAAGCAAUUGAUAAUGCUAAAUUUUACGUGAAAUGCGUUUGGCAGUAAUUGAGAGCAUAUUUACCAGAGGAGUGGUAAUGAUCGAGCGACGCGAAAUACUUCCGAAAUUCGCUCGUAAAGCAUUUGUUAGACUGAAGGACGGCAAACACUGUGGUGUAAAGAUUCUAAACACAACACAGGUUGCGCCAAAUACGGAGUCCAAAGUAUGCUUGAGAUAUUCCUGGUUGUUCACCGGCUGGGCUUCAGAGUGCUUGAAGAUAGAUAUUAAAACAGAAACUCACAUUUGAUAGAGCAGUAGACCCUGCUCAAGUAUAAGCGCGUGGGUGGUCUAAUCCCCAUCAGGGAUAUAAUGUUAAGUUAUCCUAUCCAGGGAUAAGAUGCAGAAGGUUCAUCAAGGAUGAUCGAUGUGCCAGGAACAAUAAAAGCUAAAACUACUAAAAAGUGUAAAAUGGACAACCACAAUUAAAAGGUGAAUGCCAAAUCUACUUUAAUGCUAUAAACAUGUUAAAAUAUAUAUAUAUAAACGCAUUUCACCAGAAAUUCUUCUGAGACCUUGCACACAUGGUCAUAGAGUAAAUAACAAUUCAAAUGUACAGAAAUUGGAGCCAAAAUGGCGUCCUAUUUGACCUUUGGCCUCCACUAAGGUCACAUGAUGAUUUGCAAAGGUUAAAAUACAUAUUUCUGUAAUAGUUAAGGAGAAAACCAUAAAAACAUGAUAUAACCUUAAACUGCUCCCUGGUGGGGAUUAUACCACCCAAGUGCUUAUACUUGAGCGUGUUUACUGCUCUACGAAAUGUGAGCUUGCAUAUUCUUAUCGCUUCUCCUAUUUUGUGUAUUAAAGGACCACUAUAGUGCCAGGAAAACACACUCGUUUUCCUGCCAUUAUAGUGCCCUGAGGGUGCCCCCACCCUCAGGGUCCCCCUCCCGCCCGGAUCUGGGGAGAGGAAAGGGGUAAAAACCUACCUUUUUCCAGCGCCGGGCGGGGAGCUCUCCUCCUCCGAUCCUCCUCUUCUCAAGAGCUGCGCGCGCAUUCAGCCGGUCGCAUAGGAAAGCAUUCAUAAUGCUUUCCUAUGGACGCUGGCUUGCUCUCACUGUGAAAAUCACAGUGAGAAUCACGCAAGCGCCUCUAGUGGCUGUCAAUGAGACAGCCGCUAGAGGAAAUAGGGGAAGGCUUAACCCAUUCAUAAACAUAGCAGUUUCUCUGAAACUGCUGUGUUUAUGAAGAAAACAAUGGGUUAAUCAUAGCUGGACCUGGCACCCAGACCACUUCACUAAGCUGAAGUGGUCUGGGUGCCUAGAGUGGUCCUUUAAGGACUGAUUUAAAGACCGAUUGAUCGUCUGGGAAUUAACUUAGACGUUUAGUUAAUUUCUCUUUUUUGCUGUUCACCACCAACACGGUCCUUAUAUUGAUUUAUUGCCUUUUAUUAAAGGCUGAACUGGGGGGAGGGUAAUAUUGCUGCAAAUAGGCCUGACAUUUAGCCUAACGUCACACUGCAAGGCAGCUGAUACAGACACGUAAUGCUGCUGCAAGGGGUCUUUAUCACAGAGCAAUGGCUCUGUUUAACGUCUGUGUUUAUACCAUAGCUCAGUCUCCAUUCUGUUGGGUUUCUGUCUGUCUGUCUGUCUCUUCUCUCUUCUCCCCCUUCCACCCCCUCCACCUUGGCCAUACAGAGCGUGAUUAGCAGGUCUGAUUGCUGGGACUUAAGUCAAAGCACAAUUGUCAUUAUCACUUUGCAUUUGUGUAUUUAUGAAUAUUCAUUCCUUUUUCUGUUUGUGUGUUUUACAUCAUAUUAUAUCUUAAAGCAGCCGUAAUGUGAAAGAUUUACACUUGCUGAGAAUCCUAGCGGUCAGUCCCUAGCGUCCUAUGAGGACAGACCUCCCUUUAACCUUCAUUUAAUCCCCACCCUUUGCUGUCUCCCUGUUGUAAUCUUUCCGCUUUCUUAUAAAAUCAGAAUCAUUACUGCGUCACUGUUCUUUGUUGCCAUUUGAAACUUGCCCAUUGGAUGGCUACGUUUUAAAUGUACGUAAAUUGCACCAGCCAAAUUGUUGGACAAUCAACGUAUGCGUUAUUGAAUAAGACUUAGAUUUGCAUUGCUGUGAUAUCGGCCAGGUUAAAUGCUUAAGCAGGGGUGGGGAACCUUCGGCACUCCAGGUGUUUUGGACUACAUCUCCCAUAACGCUAGCAAAGCAUUAAGGGAGAUGUAGUCCACAUCUGGAGGGCUGAAAUCAGACAGUUGGACGUACAGGAAAAGAGAGGUGGAGGGCCCUGCUCAAUGAGCUUACAUUCUAGAGUGAUGGAGGUAUAUUUCUAGAUUAGGAGUUCAAAUUUUACAUAUUUUAUUUGAUAGGUACUCAUAAAAAUUCAUGCAAUUAAAACUCUGAUUGUAUAUUUUUAAAAACUGAAUAAAUAACUGAGUGUUGGGAUGUAAAUCCGAGCGAUGGGUAGGAGAGCAUCCACCUCUGCGUCUAAAUUUAGAUCAUGGCUCCAAUGAUUAACUUGUGUCCUUCGUUAUCCGUUUUAAAUUUAAUUUGCACAAGAAGCGCAUCAUUAGUAAAGAUCGUUAACAUAAAAACAUGUGGUUCCAAAAGCUUAGUCUCUAAUCCACUCUUUUUGACAAUGACCCAAAUUAGAUCAAUGGCGUUGGUUUGGAGACCCCCUUCUUCCAUUGUAACAGAACAUAUGUCACAAUGAACAGGAAACACACAUUGUCUCCUCUCUGUAUCAAAUGGCUCUCCGCUGCAUUGGGUAAAAUCUAUUGUGGGGCGUUGCCUUCGGCCUAGUGUGGUCUUCCAAGCAAAUGCAUUGUGGUCAGAAUUGUGGCCCCGACACAGAGGUUUAAGGAAGAUUAUAGCGUUGGGAAUACAAACGUGUAUCGACUGCUGUAGUGUCUUCUCACUAUUUAAAUUUGAGGACCAUCCAGCAGAUGUCGCUUCUUGUUUCGUCUAAUGCAGCUCGGAUGAAAGCACAUGUGCGGCAAAUCGGCAACUGCCACGCGUGUUCAAUCAAAUGCUUCCAACUCGGUUAUAAGCAUUUAUUAUUUGAUGGGCUCUUGGCUGAUUUAUUUAAACUUGUACUUUGCAUUUAAUAGAACAUUUCCAGAAUCCAGACUGGGAUGGGAAAGGUUAUUAAGGUGUUGGUGAUCACCCAAAUUAAUCAGAUUAUUACAUGGGGUCUUUAAUGGAAAAAACCUUCCAAGUUAAUGAUUCUUGGAUUAAAAUCUGAGCCUUCAGUCUGGAUGUUCAUGGAAGAAUAAACAUAUUAAAGUGUUUUUAUUUUGUGGCCUGUGUUUUGCUAAAACAUUCAGAAACCCGUUUUAAUAAAUUCGCAUUGGGCGGACAAAUGGUAGGAAUUCCAGCAAAGUAUUGAUCAGUCUGUGUGAAUGGUGCUCUGCCUAUCCCGCAUAUACAAAUCCAUUUCACAUGCCAACAGAUCUCGCUGACUUCUCUGCUUCGUUUAAUACAACCUUAAUCUGAUUAUAUUGUCCCCAUAUCCUCCUCCUCUCAAAUAGAACUCCCCAAAAGGAUUUAAUUAAAAUUAAAUUUUUUUGUUGUUGUUGUCUUGGAUUUUAAAUCCUUUUUGGAAGGAAGUUCACAAUCUUUCCCCAACACAAACAAAACUAAAUGCUGAGAUUUGUGCGUUGGAAAGAGCAGAUGUUCGAUAUUUACUUUGGGAAUAGAACGCCUUCCACACUGGUUACAUUGAGCAUUCCAGCUUUCUGAGUUUGUCUUGCUGGCUCUGUGCAUCACUCCCACUUUUAUGAAAGAUCGAGUAUCUUGCAGUUCAGCGAUUAGUCCAUGAAUGUGCUGCUGUUUUCUUAGAAUAAACUUUCAUCGGCGAUGGAAGUGUUAAUUGACUCAUAGUGGCUGCAUUGAUGUAACCCCAUACCCCCACGUGUACUUAAACUUCAUAUAAACGCUCCGUGUGAUUUCCACUUUAUACAGGAUUUUUUUUUCUGUAUUUUGUUUAUAACGACUCUGGAGGGAAAUCCCCAGGAUGGAGUAACCGGGGUCCCACAUCGUGAAUAUUAAUUAAUUGCUGGACGUACGAAUUUAUUCGAUCAGCAAACCACAGACGGAUCGGUUCGUUCGUUCAUUCAGUGAUUAAUAGUAAUUUGAUUUGUGAAGCUGGUCGGGGUUUGUGAGCAAGUCUAAUAUUUUCUUCCUCCAGAGCUGGGCGUUAUUUUGUUGCACUGUAGACCAUCCCUAGCGUGUUUAUUUCAUUGUAAAGUUUACAUCUGUUAAACCAUUUCCUUGUAGCGGUUCUCUGACCGUGACCUGAAAUCCCCUCUUGUUUUGCCAUCUGGGCAGCGUGGUGAUUGUCUACGAGAUGCUGUAAGGGAGGGCUGCAAGCCGUGUUAUUGCUGGACAGUGUCUGAGUGCUAAACAGAUCUCAUGGUAGGCUGGCAGAAUUCUGCUCCCUACACCCUCAGCCAGCCAAAACAAUGUGUGAAAACAUUACCUUCCAAAUAGCAGGAGACUUGCUUUAGAAACAGUCUGGGCUCCAGCUGUGAUUCUGCUGAACAGACCCUGAAAUUUGGGGAGCUCUGUGUCACCCAUGAUUAUUUAUUUGCCAGUCCUGUCUCAAGGUGACAUGAUUUACCACAAUCAAACCGUAAGGGGGCAGGCGAUGGGGGAACAGGUUCUGGGCACCAGCCUUUAAUCACCAGAGAUUGGGCCUGCUGUACUCCAUGCUGUGUUCUGGGGUUUAUAAUAUAUAUAUUUUUUAUUUUAUUUUUUAGCGUUUGUGUUUAGUUUGUGUUUUAUUAUAAAUUCUGAAUGUUAUGCUGUGAGGUAUUUUUCUUGUUCUGUAAAUUUAGCAGCCGGCUAGCACAAUACUAGGAUUACAAAGUACAGGAUCAUUUUCGUGUGUAUUCUAUAUCCAAAAAUGUAUAUCCACAGGAUGAGCUAUAUUAGAAUUAUAAUCCAAAUGAGUAUUUGUCCACCUAUUCUAUAACUGAUGUAUAUUUCAUCUCGCUGUGCAUGAUAGAAGUUGUAGUCCAGCAGGGAGGGUCCAUCAACAUCUUUCUCUGUUUGAUGGGCCAUAUAUUAGAAUGCAGGGUAGGCAGCCUUUUAGCAGCACUGUGCCGAAAUAAGAUUGUGAUGUCCCGUAGCGUGCCGGUCCUAUUAAUUGAAAUUGGGGUUUUGCAUGCUGCCAUAUUCUGCUUGUUAUUUCUAUUGCAGUUGCUUUGUAUCGUUGUAUUUGUGCGUAUAUGAGAUAUUACAUUGUAUAUGUUAACAAGUAGUUUGUGGUAUCGUGUAUGAUACCUGUGUAUGGGGGCUGCUUGUGGAAUUGUGUGUGUGUGUGGAUAGAUAUGUCACAUUGUGUGUUUGGUAGUAUGUGUGUAUAUGUGGGGUUGUGUGUGUGGAUUGUUAGUGGUGUUGAGUUUGUGGGAAAUGUGCGUGUGUUUGUGUGUGGGCUGUUUGUAUUAUUUGUAUGAGGGGAGGGUUAUUGUGCAUUUCUGUGUAUAUCUAGCAGUGCUGGUGGCUUCCCUGGGAUCCAGUGGGGACCAGGCAGGCCAGGUACUGGUCAAGGACUGGGAGUGCAACAGCAGCUGCGGGCUGCUCUACUACAGUGUGGAUUCCCAUUCAUAAGUGCUGCAGGUUCCCUCUCCCUCCCACCCCCCAAUCCCCAGUUGCUGAAGGGGUGAAAAGCUUCUCCAUCCGCACCACUCCACCUUCUGAUUGCGUCAGCCAGUGGGCGAGACUGAUCCCGCCAACUGGCCGGGGAGACCUAAUGCACAUGCGCAUUAGCGCUCCCCAUAGGAAAGCAUUGAAAAUGCAUUUCAAUGCUUUCCUAUGGGGAAAUGAGCGACGCUGGAGUUCCUCACACAGCGUGAGGACGUCCAGCGACGUUCUAGCACAGGUUUCCUGUGCUAGGAACCAGGAAGUGCCCUCUAGUGGCUGUCUAGUAGACAGCCACUAGAGGUGGAGUUAAUCCUGCAAGGUAAUUUAUUGCAGUUGCAGGGUUAAGGGUAGUGGGAGUUGGCACCCAGACCACUCCAAUGGGCAGGAGUGGUCUGGGUGCCUGGAGUGUUCCUUUAAGAAUUAAAGGUGAUGCAGUUUUAUUGGGUUCAUUUUGUAUGAAAGUUAAAAAGUGAAAAUAAAUCUGUGUAAAUGCUCAGAAGAAAGUCUUGACGUAAUCUUAAAGAUUAACUGUAACAAGAAUGGUCUCAGUGGAAAGUCUCCGCUGCUGCUAAUUGGAUAAUGAGACCGUGCUCUAGCCGAGCUCCCAUAUGUUACAAGAAAAUUUCUGUCAAUUUAAAAAGGUCUCAUUGGGAGAAAGAUUAAAUAGUCUCUGCCACGUCAUGGACAGACUUGCUUGUCUUGAUCUGAGGGUGACGGGGGACCAGACUGAGAGGGGCAUUGCUCCCUGAAAUAGAACGAUGAGAUCUUAGUCUGACUGCUACUCAUUAAACGAUGUACUAUAGAAAGUACACUGGAUACAGUGGAUCUAGACUUGGAAUAAAGUGUCAAUUGCCAGAGUGAGAAUAUUACCCUCACUUACCAUUAAAGAAAGGUCUGCCGCCGGAAUAUAACCCUCCUCACACCGCACAAUCCACCAUGUCCGCUUUACUCAACAAGAGGGCGAUUUUUUUGUUUGUUGGUGUUUGGACGAUAUUCCAUAAAUGAUCCUAAAAAUGAAUAUUCUGUACCCCAAUUCCAUCAGAGGACAACUCCUUUUAGCCAACUUUGUGUCAGAAACUGGGUAUAUGGACCGUGUAUGAUACAUUCCUGAGUUACAUAAAGAAUACUCAAAAUUAAAAAUCUGAGAUUCCGUAGGUCAAGCGCUAACUUACCGUGAGAUCUCUGGUUGCUCGAGGCCUUUAUCUCCUGCAGGCACGAAGGGUACGUUAGUAAAUUUCGUUCCAAUAUCGGACUAGCCGAUCACUACUCUAUAGCUCCCAGUAUGUGUGUGUUGGGUGGGAGGAUUCAAUGCAAGGUCUGAGACUCUGCCUAUUCACUGAAUGCAGUGCGGCUCUGCCUAAAUUAGGGAGAGGGGGAUAGAUUUGUGUAAACCACGAUCCAGUUGCGUUUGCAGUCUGUUAAUGCCACCAUUACCUUAGGAGGGAAUGACUAGGGUGUGAGGGUGUCCAUUGAGGGACAUAUUUUGGGAUGGCCACACUGAUACAUCAUUCAUUUCUCCUCCAUGUAGAUCCCUUACAAACCACAUUCACCAUAUCUCAAUAAAACCAUAAAUAUGUUGGCGCUGUGUAAAUGCCAAUAUUAUUAUUAAAUAGCCCUUAUACCAAGAUUAUAUGUGAAAUCCUUGUUCCAACAUAUCAAAAUGUGAGCCUUAGAAAACCACUUCCAGAGAUUGUUUGACACCUGUUAGUGUGUUUUGAGUAUGUGUUUAUCUGUUUGUGGAUGCACAUUUUGUUUGUCUAAACUCUAAAGUGCAUUUGUGACACAUUUUGAGAGUGAUUGAUUUUACUCAAAUACUCAUUAUGCCAUUAAUCCCGGGGAUAUGAAUUCUUUAAUUGCCUUUUAAUUUGCCCAGUGUUUAAGGGAUUGCUGCUGUUAAGGGCGAUGCUGUUAAGGCGCUAUUAACAUGCGUAGUUUCUUAUCUGCCAAUCCAUACAAUACACACUUUAAUGCAGGGGGAUACACGAAGCACAGGUGUUACUCCGCAAAUACAGUAAUUAAUCGGCAUUUAAGAUAAAAAAAAAUAAUAAAUCUCUGGCUCCUAAAAGCAAAUCAUUGGAGAAUAAUUUAAUGACAGCAGGUUAACGUACUUUUUGAUUUAUUUAAUUUUUUUUUUCGCUCUGUUAUUUUAUUUACACAACUAAAUAUUCUGAUUAAUGGAAUUGGGAUCACCUCGAUGGGCCAUACUGUUAUCUAGGAAGUGUUUGUGUUAAAGAAUAAGGUCCUUUGAUCAAUGAUGGGCGCAAGCCUUGGCUCUGGAAAUUCUAGUCUGCCAUAUUUUACGAUUUUAUUUCUAUAAGUUUAUAAAUACAAAUACAUUUUAGUUGUCUGAAUUUUUUUUGUACAUAUUUUCUGCGCGUUUGCUUAAUUAUUUUUGGACAGAUGGUGCUUUUUGUGAGUUUUUUUUUUUUUUUUCCUGUUUCUCUUUGUCUCUAAAGCUCCUCUCAUGGAGUUUCACGAAGAGGGAGGGAAAGGGGGAAGGGCCAGAUGCAAUUAUGGCAGCUGGGAGUCAUGGUUGUGUGCACAAGGUUGACUCCCAGCAAUCUCAGGCAGCCCAUGAUGUCAUUGUGCUGGACUAAGAAGGCCUUGUCUAGAACUGUGUAGUUUUGUUGCAUUCUAGCAGCUGUGAAUUGCAGCACACAGAUACAAGCUGACACUGUUACUGCAGUGGAACAAAAGACAAAUAUAUAUAUAUAUAAAAAAAAAAAUUAAAAACAAAAGUGUGGGGGGGGGGGGGAAUCAAUCCUGUAAAAUAGGAUAUGUAAUCGUGACUCAUGUAAAAGGAGACAUUCCUCAGAUUUUUGUCGUGUGUGUGUGUGUACAGUAUGUACUAUUCUCCCCUUGCCUGAUACACAAGGUUCCAAUCACAAUGUGCAGCUCCCACAUUGCUUCAAUACUGCUUUAGAAGCAGAGCUGUCAGUCACUGUCAUGUCAGGACUAUUGUAAGUGACAGUUGUGCUUUCUCAGGAGAUCUGCCUCCAACCCUGGCUGUAUAGCCCCAUAGCCUGAGCUAAGGACAUGUGUCAUGGUGAUUAUUUAGGAUAAAAUCAUCCGUGGUCUGUGCCCACCCAAUCACCCGGGCAUGGCCAUCGCUGGCAUCCUCUACAAUUUGCCAGUCAUCAUUUUAUCUUCGCUCUGACCGCACACAUGGUCGGUCGUACUUGCGAGUAGUGAAAACAAGAAGCUCCAUUAUUAAAAACAAGAAGCAAAUAAUUAUUUAAGUUGUGAGGACUCUAAUCCCAAAUACACGUAGCCAGACACUGUAUAUACUGUGCAGAUUUGGGGGAUUCUCGCUUCAAGCACUGCAUGUUAUUUAAACUACGAGGAAGUGUGAAUAAAGAAAAUGUCUGUAUGUAAUGUAUAUCAUUUAUAAGGUGAAGUAAUUGGGAUUUCUGUCUUGUUUCUUGGAAGGAGAGAAUAAAACGUCUACGAAAGCAGAAGUGGUCCUCUCUGGUUUGGUAAGGAAUAUUUUAUUUUGUUAAUGAAUAAGCCCAGUCCUGACUCCCUGGCUGUUGGUACACGGUUUGUGACUUUUACCAUGUGAUAAGUGAAAGGAGGGCUUGCUGAGCACCCCUUCCCAGCCGGUAAGUUUUAUCUCCGGAAGUGCCCCAGGUUUAACAAAGCAUUAUCUCCUGGAGUAUUAUCUAAGGGAUAUAACCUCCCUGUAUGUCCUGCUGUGAGCACUGAGUGUCUCCAUCCAUUGCCGGGAGACUAAUUAGCAGUCACUUACAUGGCAUCAAGUCCUCACAUGUCCAGGUCCUUUGUAAUGGGUAUAAAUCUACAAUGCACUAGCUUGGAAAAGGCUUUAUAGAAUAGGACAAAUGCAGCGUUCAUUCAUGUCACACACCACCUGCCAGUAGAUUGCCAUUUUGUCACUAGAACCCCAGGACGUGUCCUACAGAGCUGUGAACGGGGGACUCCUGGCCAGGGUUUCAGCGCAGUUAAUUGCCAGAGGUUAGAGAAAAACCACAAAGUUUGGAUCUAUAAACUGUAAUAAUCAGAUUUAUUCUCCCAUAUCAUUGACUGUUUCAUGUCUGUUGGAGAUGAACAGGUAAAUAGACCGCUCGAGAAUGUAUUAUUAGAAUAUUGUCAUCUCAAAAACUCUGUGCUCUCCUUCAAUUGGAGGAAGAAUAGACUUUGUUUUCAGGUGUGCAGUAAGUGGGGUCUGUGCCAGUCUGGCUUUCAAAGGGUAAAACUAACCAAAAAAAGUGUAAUUGGUGACAUUUGAACAAUCUGUUGGCAACUACUGUAUAUUGGUAAAGGGAAAAAGUACAAAUUGGUUUGGUUGAGUUUAAGGACUUUAGCAUUCAUGUGUUCGUGGACCCAUUUAUUUAUUUCUAUUUAGAGUCCUUUUUCGUACCUGUGGAGAGGUUAUAUUACACGGGCCGGGUGUUCUUUUGCAAAGUCCUGCAUGUAGACUUGGCUUUGUUCUGUCAUUGAACAUAUGCCAGGAUGAAUCUCCCGUGAAACGUCUCACCCAGUCCCAAAGAAAGUAAUUCAAAAAUACUAAUUAUAAAAUAAGAUGAAACCACCUUUCUAUGCAAAAUUCAUACAAUGUCUCCCUCUCCUUUUGUCAUGUUUUUGAAAUAGACUGCCAGCAAUAGACUGCCAGUCUGGUGCUGCCAAUUUCAAGCCAUGCUCCCAACCCAGCACUGCGCGAGAUGUAACCCAUUCAUAGGUUAACACUGCCUAAUCUGACCCAUAAUCCACGGCAGCCAUGCCCACUCUGCAUUGCCAACUCAGUCCAACUAUGCCAAGUUCCAUGGGCCCCUGCCAUGCCCAGUCUACCAAUCUGCCAACUUUGUGCAGAGACCUCCCACUACCUGGUAUGAUCAGCCUAAUUACCAAGUUUUUAUAAUCCAAAUUUCAAGAUUCAUCAACGCCACAUUGGGGAACUAUGACAUACCCGACAUUCCCAGCUUGCCCAUUCUAAGUCUAGCUCCUGUUACACACCUAUUUUUAUCUAAAUGAUCCAGGGGCCUCUGCUUCUUAACCUCUGCACGUCUCAAAUAGUUCUUGCUCACCUACUUUAAUUUCUACCAUUGAUUAGACAUGCUUCCUUAACCUGACUACAAUCUACUAUAAAAAAUAGUGCUGUAUUUUCUAAUGCUGACCAACUGUUAUGCUUUGUUUUAUUGUAUACUUGCAAAUGCUGAUGGGGCACUGCGCGCUAUCAUGCUAUGUUUUUUCAUGAACUACAAAAAUAAAGAAUUUUAAAAAAGACACCCAGUCGCGUGGGACCAUCUCGGCGUCAGACACCCAGUCGCGUGGUACCAUCUCGGCGUCAGACACCCAGUCGCGUGGUACCAUCUCGGCGUCAGACACCCAGUCGCGUGGUACCAUCUCGGCGUCAGACACCCAGUCAGACCACUACACGCUGAAACAUUGCCUUUAUAUUUAUGAGUUUACAUGUUCUUUCAGUGUGUGAAUAAACAGAAGCAAUUACAUUGCAAAAAUUCCUUGGAGUGACUAAACACAUUUUAAUGUUAAAUAAAAUGCGGAGAUCUUCUAUGAUUUUAAUAUUCAAUCAAAAUUUUCUCUUCUGAAUUCUAAUAAAACAUUAAAGGGACGCAGCUAGAGGGGAUUACAAAUCCCUAUUUAUGCGUUAUGUAUACAAAGCAUAUAAAAAAAACCAAAAAAAAAAACACAUUAACACUUGUAUUAAAAAAAAAAAAAUUAAAAAAAAUUUAAAAAUCUCUAUUGAACAAUUUCAAUAGAUAUUGAAUUAGAGCAGUCCGCUCUCCAAAAUCCUCAGCGUAACAAGUCAUUCAGCCAAUAACACAGCAACAUUUUGCCAUAGUGCCUUUGUUAAGCCUUGACCAGAGUCCUGCCAUUAGCGUGCAGUAGACACCUUCAUUUUGCAUUCUGUACAAUAGAGGUUGCAAGUGCUGCCCAACAGUAUGUGUUAAUUCCAAUAUUUCAGACACGAAAUUUAAUCGGCUAGUUCUGGCUGUGAUGAUUAAACCACCAUGUGGUCACCGCGUAUUGCCUCUAUAUACUGCUGAGCAGGAUAUACCUGAAUGAACCAUAGUCCUUGUGGGCUUUAAAUCCACUUUAUACUACUCUCAUUACUUCUGUAUUAAUACCAUGUAUUGCUGCUCAUCUGAUAUAUUGCACAGAGCCUGCAUUCCAUACCCCCUAGUCAUUUUUAAAUAAACAAUUUAAACUUUUCAUCCAGUGAGUGUCAAACCAAUGAAACGCUAUCCAGAACCUUUUACGUUUUCUGAAUAUUAUUGUUUCACUGUUUCGAUAAAGUCCCGUUGUUUGCCACAAUGUUUAUAAAGUAUUUACUGAGAUGGACUGAGAUCGUUCUGUAGUAUUUUCUAUUCUGGGCUUGUUCACAAAGCAGGAAUUUAUCAGUGCUUUAUAAAUCCGUUCAGUUAAUAAACCUAUAAAUGUUAAACAUAGAAACAUAGAAUGUGAAGGCAGAUAAGAACCAUUCGGCCCAUCUAGUCUGCCCAAUUUUCUAAAUACUUUCAUUAGUCCCUAGUCUUAUCUUAUAGUUAGGAUAGCCUUAUGCCUAUCCCACGCAUGCUUAAACUGCUUUACUGUGUUAACCUCUACCACUUCAGCUGGAAGGCUAUUCCAUGCAUCCACUACCCUCUCAGUAAAGUAAUACUUCCGGAUAUUAUUUUUAAACCUUUGUCCCUCUAAUUUAAGACUAUGUCAUCUUGUUGUGGUAGUUUUUCUUCUUUAAAAUAUAGUCUCCUCCUUUACUGUGUUGAUUCCCUUUAUGUAUUUAAAUGUUUCUAUCAUAUCCCCCCUGUCUCGUCUUUCCUCCAAGCUAUACAUGUUAAGAUCCUUUAACCUUCCCUGGUAAUUUUUUUAAUUUUUUUUUAAAUUUAUUUAUUUAUUUUAUUCUGCAAUCAAUUAACAUUCUUGUAUUAAAGGAUACAUUGCGUAAUAAUAAGUAAUAUGUUAAUAUUGCACACCCACUUUCCUAUUUAUCAGGGUUUAAACACCCCCUCCCUUCUUUUCUACAUUCAGUUGAGGUGCUGCAAUACAUUCCAGUUAGUUGCUGGAUUUAUUUUCAGUUAAUGGAUCAUCUGCUGAGUGGUACUUCUCUGCACCAACUACCUAAAUCAUGUUGUUUUCAGGAGAUCUACCUGUUCAUGCUAACGAUAACUGCAUUGUGACCUAAAAUUUGCAAUCCAUUCUCCCCGAUUCCUGGUUCUAUGCGUAUACCCCAUAAACGUCCCCUAAAUGCAUGAGUACACACCGUAUCCUCGAACAUAAUGUGCGUGUGCACAAGGAAUGAUGGGUAGUAGUCCCCAAGAUGGCUGUGCUUGUGGCUCUGUAGAGACCAGUAUCCUUUGUUCACUGCAUGCAUCGCGGCUCGCCAGUAAACCUUUCAACGCAAGUUAUAGAGGAAUGAAUAUAAAUAAAGAUAUGAUAGAAACAUUUAAAUAUAUAAAGGGAAUCAACACAGUAAAGGAGGAGACUAUAUUUAAAAGAAGAAAAACUACCACAACAAGAGGACAUAGUCUUAAAUUAGAGGGACAAAGGUUUAAAAAUAUCAGGAAGUAUUACUUUACUGAGAGGGUAGUGGAUGCAUGGAAUAGCCUUCCAGCUGAAGUGGUAGAGGUUAACACAGUAAAGGAGUUUAAGCAUGCAUGGGAUAGGCAUAAGGCUAUCCUAACUAUAAGAUAAGGAUAGGGACUAAUGAAAGUAUUUAGAAAAUUGGGCAGACUAGAUGGGCCGAAUGGUUCUUAUCUGCCGUCACAUUCUAUGUUUCUAUGAUUCCCUGCAAGACCCUAAACAUUACGUUUUAUCCUUAGCCGUGUUCUAAUAGUGCUAAUUGGUCACAGCGCGGAGAUAGAAACUAAAUAAAAAUAAUAUAGAAGAAUGUAAGCCGUAUUAAUAAUAUACCCAGGUCCAUGGCGCUGAUGGUUGUAGCCUGGACAUUUAUUUUUCUCUCUCCCAGGCAGAUCGUGUUUUAUCUGCCCAAGGCUAGUAGGAGUUGCAGUCCUCGGCGGAAUAUAUCAGGAGACGAUCUCAAGACACAGGAUGGCUCUUGCACGGCGCCCCUUAUUUACCACAAUAAUUUGUUUUGGGGUUGUUGUUUUUUACAUUUAUUUUAUUUUUUCUGUGCAUUUAAAAAAAUAUAAAAAGUCCAAUAACUGCGUUUUAUACCAUGUGUACGAUGCGAAUUUAUCUGCGUACUGCGUGCUCUCCACGUCAGGUGUGUGCAAGACAAAGUGCGCUGCUAAUUUUUAUUCACUGCCAUUCAGCACAAAUUAUAGGGCUCUGCGUUAUUUUAGGAUCCUUUAACUAAUGCAUUGAUCUGCAGCCCGCAGCCCUGGUGCUAAACAAUGCCAACGCCUUUCAGUGACAGCUUGCAAUUAGCAGGAGCGGUGCCAGGCUGCAGUUAACCCAGUCCGUACCAGGAGGGUGAUCAGCGCAUCACUGUGCAAAUUGCAGCCCACGCGUCUAGGCCUGCGAGGAGUUAAAUCUGGGUAACAAGAAAAGAUGAGUUUGGAGAGCUGAAUAUCCAAUUAGUGUAAUGGGCUGAUAUGGCAGAGCUCUCUGGCUAAAUUUAACAGCAAUUUUAUGGAAAAGAAACCUUCUCCCCAUCCCCUUUGUGGCAUUCAGUGUUAAAGGGACAGUUCAUUAUUUAAUUGAAAAGUAGACUUAUUGUAAACAAAGUGAAUUUUGAAAUACAUAGCAAUAAAAUCUGAACGAUCACAUGAAGCCUGAUUGCUAGUAUCAGCACUGCAUUACCCAUGAUGCUUAGCAGCUUGCAUGACAAUAUUCUCCUUAAUAAAGGUUUUGUGGAAAUCUACUAAAUGCGAAGUAAAAUAUGCUACCUGAAAAUAAACCAGCUUUAAACAGAUUAGUCAAAUUCUAGUUGUGUGGUUUGUUUUAUUAUUUUUUUUUAUUUAUAUUAUACCAUUUCCUUAAAUAUUUACCUGUUUUUAUUUUAUUUUUUGCCUAGCCUCUCUUGAAAGCCCUGCCGGUGCGCUAAUGGCCAGCAAUAAUACAGCCAGUAUAGCACAAGCCAGAAAACUGGUAGAACAACUCAAAAUGGAAGCCAACAUUGACAGAAUAAAGGUAAGACACCUAUACCUCCAGAGUGUCCUGAUUUAGGAGGGGCAGUCUUUAUAUUUUUGUUCAAAUCCCUCUGUCCCUCUUUUCUAGGAGCAUCAUAUUGUUGGUAGCUUCACAGUAAUAAUACUCCCAGUAAUGUGUCUGAGUGUAUAACAGAGCUCCACAGCAAUAAUACUCCCAGUAAUGUGUCUGAGUGUAUAACAGAGCUCCACAGCAAUAAUACUCCCAGUAAUGUGUCUGAGUGUAUAACAGAGCUCCACAGCAAUAAUACUCCCAGUAAUGUGUCUGGGUGUAUAACAGAGCUCCACAGCAAUAAUACUCCCAGUAAUGUGUCUGAGUGUAUAACAGAGCUCCACAGCAAUAAUACUCCCAGUAAUGUGUCUGAGUGUAUAACAGAGCUCCACAGCAAUAAUACUCCCAGUAAUGUGUCUGAGUGUAUAACAGAGCUCCACAGCAAUAAUACUCCCAGUAAUGUGUCUGAGUGUAUAACAGAGCUCCACAGCAAUAAUACUCCCAGUAAUGUGUCUGAGUGUAUAACAGAGCUCCACAGCAAUAAUACUCCCAGUAAUGUGUCUGAGUGUAUACCAGAGCUCCACAGCAAUAAUACUCCCAGUAAUGUGUCUGGGUGUAUAACAGAGCUCCACAGCAAUAAUACUCCCAGUAAUGUGUCUGGGUGUAUAACAGAGCUCCACAGCAAUAAUACUCCCAGUAAUGUGUCUGGGUGUAUAACAGAGCUCCACAGCAAUAAUACUCCCAGUAAUGUGUCUGUAAUAACAGAGCUACAUCAAUAAUACUCCCAGUAAUGUGUCUGAGUGUAUAACAGAGCUCCACAGCAAUAAUACUCCCAGUAAUGUGUCUGAGUGUAUAACAGAGCUCCACAGCAAUAAUACUCCCAGUAAUGUGUCUGAGUGUAUAACAGAGCUCCACAGCAAUAAUACUCCCAGUAAUGUGUGAGUGUAUAACAGAGCUCCACAGAGUAAUGUGUCUGGGUGUAUAACAGAGCUCCACAGCAAUAAUACUCCCAGUAAUGUGUCUGGGUGUAUAACAGAGCUCCACAGCAAUAAUACUCCCAGUAAUGUGUCUGAGUGUAUAACAGAGCUCCACAGCAAUAAUACUCCCAGUAAUGUGUCUGAGUGUAUAACAGAGCUCCACAGCAAUAAUACUCCCAGUAAUGUGUCUGAGUGUAUAACAGAGCUCCACAGCAAUAAUACUCCCAGUAAUGUGUCUGAGUGUAUAACAGAGCUCCACAGCAAUAAUACUCCCAGUAAUGUGUCUGAGUGUAUAACAGAGCUCCACAGCAAUAAUACUCCCAGUAAUGUGUCUGAGUGUAUAACAGAGCUCCACAGCAAUAAUACUCCCAGUAAUGUGUCUGAGUGUAUAACAGAGCUCCACAGCAAUAAUACUCCCAGUAAUGUGUCUGAGUGUAUAACAGAGCUCCACAGCAAUAAUACUCCCAGUAAUGUGUCUGAGUGUAUAACAGAGCUCCACAGCAAUAAUACUCCCAGUAAUGUGUCUGAGUGUAUAACAGAGCUCCACAGCAAUAAUACUCCCAGUAAUGUGUCUGAGUGUAUAACAGAGCUCCACAGCAAUAAUACUCCCAGUAAUGUGUCUGAGUGUAUAACAGAGCUCCACAGCAAUAAUACUCCCAGUAAUGUGUCUGAGUGUAUAACAGAGCUCCACAGCAAUAAUACUCCCAGUAAUGUGUCUGAGUGUAUAACAGAGCUCCACAGCAAUAAUACUCCCAGUAAUGUGUCUGAGUGUAUAACAGAGCUCCACAGCAAUAAUACUCCCAGUAAUGUGUCUGAGUGUAUAACAGAGCUCCACAGCAAUAAUACUCCCAGUAAUGUGUCCGAGUGUAUAACAGAGCUCCACAGCAAUAAUACUCCCAGUAAUGUGUCUGAGUGUAUAACAGAGCUCCACAGCAAUAAUACUCCCAGUAAUGUGCUGGGUGUAUAACAGAGCUCCACAGUAAUAAUACUCCCAGUAAUGUGUCUGAGUGUAUAACAGAGCUCCACAGCAAUAAUACUCCCAGUAAUGUGUCUGAGUGUAUAACAGAGCUCCACAGCAAUAAUACUCCCAGUAAUGUGUCUGAGUGUAUAACAGAGCUCCACAGCAAUAAUACUCCCAGUAAUGUGUCUGAGUGUAUAACAGAGCUCCACAGCAAUAAUACUCCCAGUAAUGUGUCUGAGUGUAUAACAGAGCUCCACAGCAAUAAUACUCCCAGUAAUGUGUCUGAGUGUAUAACAGAGCUCCACAGCAAUAAUACUCCCAGUAAUGUGUCUGGGUGUAUAACAGAGCUCCACAGCAAUAAUACUCCCAGUAAUGUGCGUGUAUAACAGAGCUCCACAGCAAUAAUACUCCCAGUAAAGUGUCUGAGUGUAUAACAGAGCCCCACAGCAAUAAUACUCCCUGUAAUGUGCCUGUGUGUAUAACAGAGCUCCACAGCAAUAAUACUCCCAGUAAAGUGUCUGGGUGUAUAACAGAGCUCCACAGCAAUAAUACUCCCAGUAAUGUGCCUGUGUGUAUAACAGAGCUCCACAGCAAUAAUACUCCCAGUAGUGUGUCUGAGUGUAUAACAGAGCUCCACAGCAAUAAUACUCCCAGUAAUGUGUCUGAAUGUAUAACAAAGCUCCACAGCAAUAAUACUCCCAGUAAUGUGUCUGGGUGUAUAACAGAGCUCCACAGCAAUAAUACUCCCAGUAAUGUGCGUGUAUAACAAAGCUCCACAGCAAUAAUACUCCCAGUAAUGUGUCUGGGUGUAUAACAGAGCUCCACAGCAAUAAUACUCCCAGUAAAGUGUCUGAGUGUAUAACAGAGCCCCACAGCAAUAAUACUCCCUGUAAUGUGUCUGGGUGUAUAACAGAGCUUCACAGUAAUAAUACUCACAGUAAUGUGUCUGAGUGUAUAACAGAGCUCCACAGCAAUAAUACUCCCAGUAAAGUGUCUGAGUGUAUAACAGAGCCCCACAGCAAUAAUACUCCCUGUAAUGUGUCUGGGUGUAUAACAGAGCUUCACAGUAAUAAUACUCACAGUAAUGUGUCUGAGUGUAUAACAGAGCCCCACAGCAAUAAUACUUCCAGUAAUGUGUCUGAGUGUAUAACAGAGCUCCACAGCAAUAAUACUCCCAGUAAUGUGUCUGAGUGUAUAACAGAGCUCCACAGCAAUAAUACUCCCAGUAAUGUGUCUCAGUGUAUAACAGAGCUCCACAGCAAUAAUACUCCCAGUAAUGUGUCUGGGUGUAUAACAGAGCUUCACAGUAAUAAUACUCCCAGUAAUGUGUCUCAGUGUAUAACAGAGCUCCACAGCAAUAAUACUCCCAGUAAUGUGUCUGGGUGUAUAACAGAGCUUCACAGUAAUAAUACUCACAGUAAUGUGUCUCAGUGUAUAACAGAGCUCCGCAGUAAUAAUACUCCCAGUAAGGUGUCUGAAUGUAUAACGGAGCUCCACAGCAAUAAUACUCCCAGUAAUGUGUCUGAGUGUAUAACAGAGCACUCAUGACCUUGACGUCAGUUCACCGCUUGUCCUUCCUUGCACCCCUUUCGGUAUAUAGUAAGCCCAGCUUGCCAUUUUGGAGAUGUUCUUACCAAGUUAGUAAGCCAUCACUAUUUCCCUUGUGAAUGUCACCCAGAUCUUUUUCCUUGCCCAUUUUUGACUGUGUUCACUUGCUGCCAUAUAUAUCCCACCCAUUGAUAAAUGCCAUUGUAACAAUAUAAUCAAUGGUAUACACUUCACCUGUCAGUGAUUUUACAAUACAAUGUCACUGAUCACUGUAUAGCUCCUAUCAUCCCCUUCCAGCUGAGUGAAGAUUAGAUUUCAUGACCUUAUGCAUCCAAUUAUUCCUUUCUUCCUCCUCUCGUUUUAAUUUCCUCUCCCUUUUUCUGUCCUUUCUUAAUUAUUUAUAAAUUGUAUAAAUGAACGCAUUGACAAAACAAAGUAAACGAUAGAUACAUUCACAAUAAACAAACUACAAAGUAAUCCCCAUGAGUUUCCCUCCAUCAGACCCAGUACCCGCACGGUAUGUGUCAGGGCGUCUGCCCACUGCUUUAUAAAUAAUGGAACGGCAUGCUUCAAACGCUAGAGGAGGGGAAAUGUGGCGGGGAUUUUUUUCCCCCUCCGCAUUCUCAUAUUAUCCCGAUUGGCAGCCUGUGGAGAGCUUUUAAUGUAAUUGUCUGCCAGGUAACCAGGCUAACAACAAGGUCCAGGCCUAACUCUUUCCUUGCCACCAUGUCUGACACCAUGCAAGCACUGUGGCUGGCUUCUCAAAAAUAUCCUUGGGACUCCCUCCAUGUAGACGUCUGGCUCCAUAUAUUUAAUAUUGAACGGUGGGUGACCAGACCUCUCUGGAUAUGAAUUAUUUGUGUUAUUGAAAGGAGCAGCUUGGAGGCACAGUCCAUGACUGUUGCGUCUCUCUGGAUUUACCAUAAGUCGACUUAUGUUGUCCGUGAAUGGAUUAUCCCUCUCUGCGGCUGGCUGAGAGUAAUUUGCAGCCAGAUAGUCCGUCCUAUACUAUGUGUUAUGUGGGAUCAAUCGGGAACAUAAUGUUACAAAGUAUUUAGAGCUCAUUUUAUUUUAGUCAUGUUAUAAGUUUAAUUUCCCAUGAUGCUUUGCUAGCCAUGCACUUUCUCUAUAUAAAGAAUGAAGAGGACCCUGUGAAGUCUUAAUAUUCUGCAUAAAAUUGCAAAUUUUAAGCCCAAAUAGUCCAAAUCCUCCCGUUUAUGAAUGCUUUUCUAUUUUAACAUACGAUUUCCUUAUCAGUUCUAAAAAAAAAAAGUGAAAUAAUAAAUCCAUUUGAUUAGACCAGGCGUUCAGUCGUCCAGAUUUUCACAUACCGGUAAUUUUGAUAUUCUCUUCCUACUGAAUAAUCGUCUGGGGGUCUGUCACUCCGUGAUAUUUUAUAAAAAGCCUUAUGAUGAAGCAUUUUGAGGAUACAGAAAAGUUUUAAAACCUUAAAAUGAUACAAAUACAGAGACAACAUGGAUUUCCAGCAUUGCAUAGAAUCCGCCUCAGAACACUGUGGAAAAUCACAUCCGAAGUGAUCUAAACUGUGGAAUUCUGUGUCGGACUCCUGCGUCCUGUUCUAUACAAAUGUGAUACAAGUACAUCUAAAAUAUUAUUGGCAAAGGCACAUUAGUGUUAAAGGGACACUAUAGUCACCAGAACUACAGCUUAUUGCAUUUGUUCUGGUGAGUAGAAUCAUUCACUUUAGGCCUUUUGCUGUAAACACUGUCUUUUCAGAGAAAAUGCAGUGUUUACAUUACAGCCUAGAAACACUGGCCACUCCUCAGAUGACUGCUAAAGGUUCUAUCUGGGGCAGUGCUGCACCGUGUGACCGACAUUCUGUCUCUCCACCCUCUGCACUGAACUUUCCUCAUAGAGCUGCAUUGUUAUAAUGUAUCUCUAUGAGGAGAUGCUGAUUGGUCAGCGCUGUGUUUGAUUUGUGCUGGCUCUUCCCCUGAUCUUCCUCCUUGAUGGUCUCCUAUGGGGAAGCAUUGUGAUUUGCUUAGACUACAAUUCUGAUGUCAGCAGACCGGGGCGUGUCAGGAGCUGCAGACUUGAAUAAAAGUAAAAUUUUACUAUAUUUAGGGAGGUGGUGGGGAAGGAGGGCUAGAUGCUGGUUUUAACACUAUAGGGUCAGGAAUACAUGUUUGUGUUCUGACCCUAUAGAGUUCCUUUAAUUUUGGCAGCAAAUUUCAAUUUAGUUUGUCAUAGUCUUUUGACUAAAAAGCCAUUUUAGUUUGAUGCAUUUUAGUGAUCUGAAUCGUUUUUGUUUUAGUCGACUAAAUCUCAAAAAUAUUUAGUCGACAAAGAUUUGACUAAAAUUGUUAGUCGACAAAAUUAACACUGGGACACACUGUAGAGCCUUCCAGAAGCGAAUCGAGAACCCAUGUCAGUAUAUUCUAUCCUGAGCCUCCUCCUAUAUAGAACCACUUAAAGAGCAGUGAUGUCCCAUCUCUGCUUCACGUACUAGCCGGGAAUAUUUGGUGUUGGCGGAAAUAUCGUGUUAUUCUGCAUAACAAGAUGUUCAGUCACAGAGCUGAGUAUGUUCGUUAAAUGGCCACUCCAGUCUGUAGUGUGUACGGAGCGUAGAGACGGUAACAUUGCUGCACCUUCCUUCCAGGGCCGCAAAUCUGCCUGAUCUAAAUCCAAAAUGUCCCCACUCUGUCCGUAUACGACACUAUUCCAGCUGUCACUUGUUUGUCUUCAGAGAUUCUCAUGUAUUUUACAUUAAAGUAAAGCUUCUGAUACAAGUGGAAUUACAUGUUUUAUUUAGACCAUGAGCGUGACACACACAGGAUGUGCGAUUUCCGCAGCCGCACAGCGGUUCCCCCGGUGCUGGCUGUGAGCUUCCAUGAUCUGAUGAAUUAUAAAUAUGUAAUAUUUCUGCAUUAGAAAUGGGGUUUGAAGUCGAAAGGACAUCUGGGAGGAAUAAUGCAUUGCUUUAUAUAAUUACCUACGUUCGGUUAAGAAUUUUGGGGGCCUUUAAUGGAACCAGGCAAGGCGUUUUUAGGGCCAAUUGCAGUUUGUCAUCAGAAAAAUCACCCCGUAUUUACCUCGGUAACUGUUCAUUUUGCUUGCAUUCCCUUUGAUUACAAAAUGUAAAAUGUCCAGCAGCUGGUUACCAAUAAAACAAAAGUAAAAUAAAUCCUUCAAUUAACCUUGUCGGCGGGGGAACAUUAGAUCCUACUAGGGUGGCAGAGGGUGGGUUAAUUAUAAUUCAGCAUUUCUCCGCAAUUAAACUCUUAAUUUGGGCAGAGAUGGUGACUUUUUCUAUUUCUGCAUGUUUAGAAAUGUAGAAUAUGUAAGUUAAAAAGGCCGAGGGGGUGCAGAAAAUAAGAGAAAUUAAAAUCUGGACACAUUUCUCGCCUGACUGGAGCUCUCUUAACAGCCUUCAGUCAGGCGUGAAACGCGUCUCGCACUUAAUGUCUGACUGGAGGCUGUUUUGAGAGAGCGCCAGUCAAUUUAAUAUGGAUUUUUAAUUUGGAUCAUUUUGGAGGUAGGUGAAAAGUCUUUUUGAGAAUUGUUUUUUUUAUAACAUUUGUCCCAACUAAAUUUCUCUAGCUUCUUCGGCUUUAUUAGAUACAGUAUUUAUUUUUCUGGAAAUCCAUGAAUUUUCAAAGGAAAUAAACUGCGCUUUUAAUAAACAAUCUGAUUGAAAUCCUGUGUGUUGCAGUCAGUAGUAACAUUCCACCGGUUUCCAUGGUGAUUGUUCCACAUUUAGAAUUCCUGUCUGCUCACGCUGCAUGUUACUGUGUGUUAGUCAGUUCUGUGUUUCUGUUGUUGAUGAUGCACGGCAUUGAACGCUAAAUAAAGCUCUUUUUGUUUUUUUUUCUCUUCAGUGUCUGAAAAUGAUGGGGAAAUGUUCUUUUUCUUGAGAUAGUUCACUGUUGUGGUGCCAGGAGAGCCCUAGUGUCCAUGCCCAUUCUAAAUAGCGAACCAUGCUAGUACAGGUUGACUACUUACCUAAAGCGCCACUCUGUGCCUCCACUACUUCAUACAUCAAUCCGGAAGCACUCUGUUUGCUAAGCCUGUCGGUGCACGGCUUGUGCUACUGGUUAAAAAAGAUCAGCCAAUGAGCUAGCCCCACACUUCAGGGCUUUGCUCAGGAGACUAAGUGUAGCCCCCUAGCAGGAGUUUCUGGCUCUCCGUUAUUAAUACUAAAGGUAGGGAGUGGCGCCCAGCAGAUCCCAGAUGAGAGAAAUCCACUCUUAAUUGUUUUGACUAAUUCCAAUGAAUGGAGUGCAUGCCUGAUACCAUAACCAUUACAGGAUUUCCCUGCAGUAGGCCUGCGCAGAAGCUGGAUGCCGAUCUGGCUGCUCAUUCAUUGAGAGCGUCAGCUGAUUGCUCUCGGCUAUUGAAUUGCCCUCUGUGCUUAGAAAUCUGCACCGAAUUGGCCAGCCCACAACGCCAUUUCUAGGUUGGCUAAUGAUGCCGCCAGAGGUGGAAUUAAUGGGGACUUUAGGAGGAAUAUGUUGGUGCUAUGUAAAUGCUAAUAAUAACAAUAACGUGUUUCUUCACUAAUCAAAGAAUUGUAAAAAUUGUAGAUAUAAAAAAAAUUCACAGAAUUCAAGUUUUUUCAUUUAAUUCCUCCCCCCCCCUCAGCCUGGGUAGUUUAGUCUAGAUGUUGCAAUCCCUUUGGCAAUUCUCACAAUUCCCAUUUUAAAAAGGAAAUAUACAAAAAAUAGAUUGCAAGCUCUAGGGAUGGAAGUUAGUUUACUACAUUUUACCAUCACCACUGUAACAAGGCCUUUAUAACGUGGUCAUUCUCUUCCAGGUAUCAAAAGCUGCGGCCGACUUGAUGGCGUAUUGUGAAGCUCACGCCAAGGAGGAUCCCCUACUGACCCCAGUGCCUGCAUCGGAAAAUCCAUUUAGGGAGAAGAAGUUUUUCUGUUCCAUCCUGUAAACCGUAGAAAGCCGCGUGCUGCCGGGCUCCCCGAACACUGAUGUAGAAUUUUCAACAUCACAGACUCUCUUGCAGUCUACAGAAUCACAGUAACAAAAUUAAUAACUCGACUUGGAGAAGGAGCAGCAUUGAUAAUCCUGGCUAAGGAAAACCCAUCACUCGAAAAAUGAAGGAAGAUUUUUCAACCAUGAAAAUAAGACUUGGUCUUUUCAGACUGCCUAGAGAGAAAAAUGUGUUCGACAAAAACAUAAAGCUUUGUGUCACUUAAGUUCAACCUGUUUUUUAUUUUUGUUUUUUUUCAUAUUUUUUUUUUCCUUUUUGUAAUUUUCAUUAUUUUGAAUGGGGCAAGGGGCAAUGUUUUUCCAAAGCAGAUGUUAGAUUGUGAAUAGCGUGCUUUUUUAUUUUUUUGUUUAUUUUAAGUUAACAAUAUUCUUUCAUCUAAAUUAAAUCGUCACUUCUAGUCGCAGGAUAAAAUUUGCAAUGGUGUUUAUAUUUCUUCAUAUGUAGAUGUUGUGCAUUGCGUAGAGUAGAGUAGCGCUACGAUGCAUUUCGCGGUGCCGAUCAUGUAAUAUUUUAACCGCGUUCAUGGUGUGUAUUAAGAAAUUUAGCCAGCAAGUGGCUGUUAUGUGUUCUAGGAAAAUGUUAUCACUCUUUGUAACAUUUUUAAUGUAACUUUUGAUUCUGAAAAACAUAAGUCUAGUGAUUUAGUUUUUAUAUCUAUUUUUGUGACUAUUUUGAAGGCAUUGUGCAGGAAGCAGCAGAGGGAGGGAUGCAAAUCUGGUUUUGAUCUACAUCCCAAUACAAGGAGCUGAAAGGUGGAAAUUAUGCCAAUAACUUUAUUUUUUACACUUUUUUUUUUUUUUUUUUUUUUUUUUGUGAAUCAAAAAAACGCUUAUUGAAUUUCCAUAGUGCCAUAGAGAAUAGCAAUCUCAAGCGAUUACAAUAGCAGUUUCCAACCUGUUGGGUUUUGAAGAAUUGCCAAAGAAUCACAAGCCUUGGUCCUAUAGCCAUAAGAGCUGUUGAAUUGGCAGAUCGCAUUCAGAACUCCCAAAACCACCUGUAUAUUGUCUCUAAAAGCAGAAAAUCUAGCUGUUCUUCCAUAAUCUACCUUUCUAGCCAGUUGGAGAAACAGACCGUAAAUAUUCUCCUUAAUAUUUUAGUAACCCUUUGUGUAACUUCUAGUGACAAAUGACUCGGUAUAGGAUUAUCUCGAUCUAAAUCACGUUGGAGUGUAUCGUCCGUUAAGGAGGUGACAAACCAUUCUGACAUUCAUUGAAUACAUUGCAGAGUAACCUACACAUAAUGUAAGCUUAUAAGGCCUUGUUCGAUGAUUAUACAGCCAUAUAGUUUGUUUCUUUUGGGGACAAAAGUCGAUAGUGUGUACCCAAUACAAAAGUUAUGUUUAGGGUUUUGUAGAGUAUCACUUGCUAAAUUUGAGAAUUGUAUAGAAGGGUCACGUUUUCUCAAUAUAUCUGUGUUGAGUUAAAGUUUAUUAUACCUUUGUUAAUUCUUCUAAAUCUCCAGUUUAGUAAAUAUCCUAAUUCUCCUGCCCCCCUCUCCCCCUUGUUGUAAAAUAUUUAUACCGUAUUUUUAAUUUCAUGUUCCACUCUAAUUCUAUAAGUAUUUUUAGGACGUCUCUCUGUAAGAUCACUGCAGAGCUCAACAGUGACCCAUCCAAGCAUGUUUCAGGAGAUUUUAAGGGGGUGAUUAAUAACUGGUUAAAACCCCAAUAUGCCUAUUCUUUGGGGCACAGUCAUCUUUAACCCCUUAAGGACACAUGACGUGUGACAUGUCAUGAUUCCCUUUUAUUCCAGAAGUUUGGUCCUUAAGGGGUUAAAACUGAUGACAGGAGACCUUUUCACCAAUAUGACUGCAUAAUAAAUAAUUACCUUGUUUGUUUAAAAUGAGAUCUGAAUCUUCUGCUUAAUUUCCGCCAUACAUGAGUGUUCAUUAUGGAUGGACCGUUAGGGACAAACCGUUAUUCACCAAAAUGUGUCUGUCUGGAAUUCAAACUGGUUUAUUCUCUAAGCCCCAAACUGCGGUGACUUGAAACUUCGUUUGCACAAUCUAAGAGCCAGGAUUCUCCAAUAGAGAGAAUCAAAUUUAACCUACAUUUUACAAUUUAGUUUUCAAUUCAGGGAGAUGUUUUGUUCACGAAAAGAGACUUGCACAUUUUACUCCAACAUAGCAGAUAUAAAACAACUGUUUUCUUGUUUGGCGAUUUACUUACUUAAUUACAAAUUCCUUGAUGACUUUCUGUAGUUUGUGGUUUAACCAAUAAACCUUUACAUUGUGAGUGGCACCCUGUAUCUUUGGGCAAGUGAUGGAGAAUAUUGGGCAAUGUCUUUGGAUAAAUUACCUUUUACAUGAAUCCUUUGAAAAAUCAAACAAAUGACUAAACUAGCUGACACAAUUAAAAACUAUGCUGAGGUUUCAUUAUUGUAGAGUAUAAAUAAUGCAAGUUCAACAAUGGGUUGUGGACAUUUCUCUGAUUUAUUGAAUUUUGUAAUAUGUCACACCAGUUGGUUCCUAAAGUGAGAAUUGAAAGUGAAUUUCAUAUUUGAGGCCAAAGUGUCUGAAAUGGAAAAAUUCUCAGUAAUUUAAUCUAUGCUUUUUGUUCAACUACUCUGGUCUUAAAUUUGACAUUCACUUUGAAUUCUCACUUUAGUACAUAACCCAAAUGACUAUUCCCCACAGAGUGAAUUGAUGGAAAAUCAAAGUGCAUUUAAAAAUUGCCAAACUAGAAGAAAUCGUUUACUUGGAUAAUGUUCCCAUUUCAGCUAUUGGCGAUAAAAUGUUGAAACAUACCUUGAAGUUCUGUCAAUUCACACAUUUGGUAAUAAACAGUCACACAAAGUGUUUUCUAAAUGUUUAAUCCUUUCAACUUAUUUCUUUAAUUGUUCAAUAAAUUGCAAAAGUCAGAAUCUUUUUUGACAUGUUUUUUUUCCAAGUAGAAUAACGAAUCAACGUCUAAAGAUUGUAUCCAGGUAAAUGUGAACAUGGCAAAGUAAUUUAUUUCUGAUUUCGGAUGUUGGUGAUUUGGUAUGAAUAAACAUGAUGGACCAAAAACAUUUUUCAUUUUUAGAAGUUCAUGUAAAUCCUGCUAAUUUGGUGUCCUGUAGGGUUGUCGGGAAGAACAGGUAAGCACAGAUUUUAUACAUGUAGGAGGAUAACGUCUUCCUCAAUAUUCUUGUUGCCA